AUGCCGCAGGUGGAAAUGAUCCUCUUCCUCAUCCUCAUCAUUGGGAUGUGUGUGUUCGGCCAGGACCCGGCUUCCAAGGUGGUGUCCGACCGCUACGCUGUCUUCUGGAACCGGACUAACCCCAGGUAUGUAGCCCGACCCGCUUCCCCUUGGCUUCUUCUCCGGUUUCUGCAGGGACACACACAGGGGACCCUUCACCCUUGACGUUGCCUGGUUGUAGCUCCAAUUCAUCUGGCUUUGCUGGCGUGAAAUUGUCGACAGAGUGGAUGUAGUACACUCUCCACACUCUGUCAGCUCAACACAGAGCAACAAAUGUGCUCCAGUCUGUUCAGAAAAGCAGAAUCUGACUGUAAAUAUUAAAAAUUAAACAGCUUGUUUUUGGUUUAAUUUAGAGUUGAGCGAUGAAACAUUUGCUUUGAAUUCGCUUUUCUCUGGCAAACCUGGAGGUUGAUGAAUAUUUCUCAUGUCCCCGCUUGAUUGCAACCUUUAUAUGUUGUCUCCGUUGAUUGAUCGUGGUGAUGAUUAGAGUUUAAUACUCCUCCAGAUCGGAAUCAUCUUUGUAAUAACCCAUGUAGCAUAAAUCACCGCUGACAGAGGAACAACAUCUCAUCUCUUCCCCACCGCUAUUGCGCACCAUUAUGCGCUAUUACGCACCAGUGCUUGGUGUUUUGCUCUGCGUUUAGGGUCUGAAACGAAUCACAUGAAGGUUUAGAAGCGCAGAGGAGAAAUGUUCAUCUUAGCUGCUGUGUUUUGAAUAACGCUGAGUCGCUUCAAGUCUGCUGCUGUCGACUAGAAAUGACACUUGAUUCCGUGCCAAAUGGAGAUUCAUCCCUGCAGACUUGGCAGAUAUUUUGGUCAGAUUUUGAGGUGGCGUUGUUUAAGACUCCAAUCUGAAACAGUGCUUUGCUGAGAAAGUGCAGAAAUGUUGUUUUCUUUUAGAUGGGUGACCCUAGAAUUUGUAGUUUAAGGCUUUGAGUCGCACAUUUGCAUAAAAAAGUCCUCCCUGAUAAGCAAAUCUGAAUUCUAAAGUAACAUUAUCUCACUUUGUCUGCCCUUAUGCAUGUUUGAGGGCAGCUGUGGUGACUCAGACUUCUCUCUCUCAGCCCUUGAGCUCAUAAAAGUAAAGUGUGUGUCACUUUGUUUCAGUAAGGCAGAAGAAGAGUCCAGGCUAAAGUUUCAGAGCAAGUCCGGUUCGAAAAAGAAGUUCAUUUUCUCACGAAACUGGUUAGUGGGGCAUCAAAGGAGUUGAACUGACAGGAUGUUAAUGAUACAAAUGCAAAUGCUCUGGUGUGAGAUCAGAGGCUGAUGGAGUUCCUGCCCCGCUAACAGACUUGAUAUCUGCAUCUGAUAACAGCUCUCUGUCCCGCUCACAGGCUGCAGGUUGUUGAGUUUUUUUUUCCCUGUUGGCUUCCAAACCGUUCCCACUUCCCAAGUCUGGUUUCUUGGUUGCCAUGCUCCCCAGUCCUCCUACCCUGCUCCACCCCACUGCCCCCCUCCCGGCCCACGCUGGGGCAGACAAUGCCGGGGUACACAGGGGUAUUUCAGCUGCGGCCAAGGCCCAGCGUGGCGCUCGGUCUUGUGAGAGAUCCACACAUGCUGAGGUCACACACUCGGUAGUAAGCAGGCAAGUUUCGGGUUAAGCAGCGCAGAGGGGACCGUUGUCAGGGUCAAAACCGGGGCAGCACCGCCGGCCAUGGGGCCCCGGUGACGGCCCGGCACAGGCACCCCGCGUGGGCUUUGUCUCAGCAGAAUAGAGGCUAAAUAAAUGAGUAACUCUAAAUGACUGUCUCCUUUUCUCAUUCAUGACUUUAAUCUAAACCUGACCCCGGCUGUAGAAUGUAAGAGAGGGCCAUGUUAAGAGCCUGGGGCCCCAUGACCCUCACCAGAACCUUACAGUAUUCCAUACAAGCUUUCGGGCCCCGGAUCCCUGCUGUUUAAUGUAACCAUACUCAGUAUUGGAGCGCUGGGAACCUGCUGUGGUACAGUCCCAACUUCCAGAUGAGCCGCCCCCCCUCCCUCCUGCCUCCUCUGCUGCAUAUUUGACCAAAGUGGGAGAAAUGGCAUCCGGAGCAGCAGUCCAUACUCAGCCAUUCAUGAAAUCCCCUACAGGAGCUCUGGAAUUGAAAAGGGAAGUGAGUCGUGAAAAAUGGAAAUGCGGUGACAUUUUUCUGUUUUCCUUUUGUUUCAAAUGGGCUGAAAGAAAGAAACUGUCUUGUAAUUUAGACCAACAUGCGUCCGUGUUUGCUUUGCUUUCAUCUCGGAGAAACAUCCUCCUGCGCUGAUGCUUGUUGCUGAUUAGACUCAGACGAGCAGGACUGUGAGCAGCGCCGGAGGAGGGAUUUACAGCCCUGAGGAUGGUUCAGUUUCGCCUGGAGUUUGAAAAGCCUCCACAGUGACAGCGAGUAGCUUUACUCACCCGUAUAAGCUACUUAAUGAAAUUAAACGAAACUCCAGAAUGGAGGAGUCUUGUCAGAGAGAAACUGCUGAGAUACACAUGAUGUAGAAGACGCUGAAAGUCGUUUUUAUUUUUGGUGCCAGAUUUCCCCAAAUAGAAGCAGGAAGGCUUCAGAUAAUUGUGCCAGCAGAGGAUGCAGUGAAGUCGUUUUGCAUUGUUCUCCUCAGAGUCACUCCAUUAGUCUGUGCACUGAGCAGGUACAUGACACAGAUUUAAGAAGUGUGGAAGUGAAAUGUUGAUUAGGAGUAAAACUAAGAGAAGAAAACUGAAACCUUUGAGGAGUGUUGUAUUGUCAUGAUGCAUAUGGUCAUCAUGGAGGGAUAUUGUUGGCAGUUUCUGAAAGUUUGUGGAUAGCUUUACAGAAAGUGAUUGAAAAAUAUGUUGAGGAAAAAGUUAGUGUUGUGUAUAAUCAAUCGAACAGUUUGGAGCCGUGUCUCACUCACAGUUAUGAUAAAGAAGAAUCUUCAAUCUACUUGAAAUUUAAAAGAGGAUUAAGGCCACUUAAAAAAAAAAUAAGGUCAGGUUUUUUUUAAGACUCUGACAUUUUCUCAAAAAUUUCCUGUUUUCUCAUAACUCUUAGUUUGAAGCCAGAAUUCAGAUAUAACACCCCGAGAAUUCUGAGUUUAAAGUCAGAAUUCUGUAUUUGAACUAAGAAAUUUUCAGAAAAGUCUGAAUUCUGAAAAUAAGUGAAUUUUUGAGUUUAACAAGUCAGGAUUUUGAGAUUUUUCAGAAUUCUGAGAUUAAAAUCUAUGAAAUUCUGACAUCGUAAAUCUGAAUUUAAAGGCAGAAUAAGAAAAAAACCUGAGAAUUUUGACUUCGAUCUUAAAAUUCUCAGAUUACUGUCAAAAAUGUGAGUUGAAAUCUAAAUUUUGAGAAAAUAGUAAUUUAUGAAAAAGUCAAAAUCACGAUUUUAAACUGAAAAGUUUGAGUAAAAUUCAUUUUUUUGUCUUUUUAGUGGCCCAAAUCCUCCUCUGUCUUUAAAGGAGUGCUGUGGAAGAUCAAAAUCUUUUUUUAAUCCCUGAAUUGAACCAAGAAACAACAGAAAAACAUUAGUAAAGUGUUUUUCCACAUAUCUAGUCUAACACUACAAUAAGACCAGCAAUGGCUGUAAAACUGUAAAAGAUUUGAGUCAGGGCUUUCAAGAUGUCACAUUUUCACCCUGCGGUUACUGUGACCCGAAAGUUCAUGUAAUUUUUGUGAUAUUAAUGAAAAGUUCAGAUUUUUAUUAGGGUCAAGUUAAGGACAGAUGAGGUUACUUACUGAACUUCACGAACAAGUCUGACUGACUUACUUCCCAGUCACCACCUGUUUCUGGUAAUGUCUUAUCUGACGCUGUCUUUGGUUUGUGAUUUUGCGUUAACUCUUGUCCACAAAGUAUCCUUAUUGAAGAGGAAUCAUGUUUGUCUAUUCCAGUAGAGCGCCUCACUUUUUUUCUAUCAUCUGGUGUGACUUGCCCGUCAGUCGUAGAUACACUGUAAAGUCUCGUUCUUGUAAUCCAGUUUUGUAAACCUUCGGGGAAGAAAUUUCUCUGUUAACGAUCCUUUGAAAUGCUUUCCAAGUUUACUGUAUGAAAGUUAAUGUUGAAUAUUGAAUAAAAUAAAUUACAAGCUCAAAACCUAAUCAUCCAGUUCCACAGAGGAUCACUUCCUGAUAUAGAUGAAAUAUUUCACCACUCUGACUUAUUUAUUGAAACAUUCUGUAAAGGUCUCGUCCUUUUGAACUUCAAUACUUGAUGAAUAUCUGAUGAUAUUUGAAGAUUAGUUUUGGAGGUGUAAACUCUGAGCUUUGUCAACCCUUUAUUAUGUAAGCCUUAUGUGAAUGCAGUCAAAGCCAAGCAGUUUUUAAAUAGAUUUAACAGCAGACAGUGACAGUGACAGUAUGUGAAACUUACUGCUGCAGCCGGAUAAAGCUGUAUAUUCAAAAUCAAAUUCACAACUCAUUGUCGUCUUUAUGAACAAGGAUGUUUUAGCCAUCAACCGUAACACAGUUGGUUCCAGCUUCUUAACCCAUUCCCAAGUUUGUCUCAUAAGAAAGUGGCACCAGGGAGAAAACUGUCAUCUGGGAGUAAAAAGCAAAGCCCAGAAAAUAAAAACGGAGGCACUUGGUUGAGGAAAGGGCUCAUGUAAGAAAAAUGAGCCACAGAUGUUCCUUGUCAGCUCCGCCGUCUGUGUCGGUAACCGAAUGAUAGAAUAAAGCGUACGAGUGGGGUACUUACUGCUGCUCUGACAAGGAGCUAUUAGUGAAUUCCCGGCUCACCAGCUCUUUAGCUGCUUCAUUAAAACCCACCCGGGUCCAUAUGGUACGCAGGCAGGCGCUGCCGUGGCCCAAGGUGUUUAUUUGUUGCUGAUAGGUGGGAUCAGCAGAGAAUCAGGGCCGGGUUCCCUGCUUAAUCUCUCGAGCUGUUUGUGUCUCGGACGCCAUGGAAACUGAUACCCCUCGUCAUCAAAGAAGCUCAUUGGGUGGGACUAACGACCUGACAGCUGGGGAGAGAGGGAUUCCAGCGUUCAGGGAGAGCUCUGUCACCCCGGGGGUUUCCUUUAAUCCCUGAUAAUGCCCCUCCAAAGCUUUCCCCAGCAGAUGCAACAUAUUUCUCCAUAAGACAAUCAAAGAAUCUUUUCAUUGGCCUGAUUUCAUGUUUGACAGAAGUGUGGUUGUUGACUUUAAAAGGCGUCUUUGAUGAUCCAUUUUUUUUCUUCGCCUUUUCAGUUUCUGCACAUAUGUGAUUGUUUUUGGUUGAAAUAAGACCCAAGAAAUUGGAGUAAGCUCUCCAACUUGACACUUGGAGUGCGUGCAUUUCUCUCCCUCACAGACUGACCUCCACUGUUUGCUUUUUCUUACACUGCACUCUUUUUAAUCUCCACUUAAAGAAACAAUACUCUAUUUUUCACUCGGUGGCGAGCUGAUGUUGUGAUAGUUUCCCAGUGGUAUUGUGAGUUGCCCCGUUUGCAUUGUUCCCCUUGUUUACCCUCGCUUUCCCCUCUCAGCCUUUUCCCGGCUCCCUGCCGCUCGGUUCCGCUUGGAUUAAAAACGGACACAAAAAGGCAACCACGUCCAAAUAUUGACUGGGUCUCAGGACCGCAGCCCCUCUCCCAGCACCGGCACAGAGCGCCUGAAAGGCCGCUAUUGUUUCUCUGGUACUCAGCGGCCCAUAGUCAGGUUUUAGCUGAGCAGAGGGACAGAGGAGGAUGAGGAGGAGACGGGAGAGGGGGACGCGGUUGUAGAGAGUAUGCAUAUGUUAUCUGAGGCGGGGCAAGGAGAUUAUAACAGGCGGGACAGCACAGUUGCGGGGGUGAGAGAAACUUCCGCAACAGAGGCCAGAGGCUACGACAGAGGAACAGCGUCCAGGCCGCAGAGUCCCUGGGUGGGGUCAGAAGUGGUGUUUCCACCCCUGAGGAAGUGUCAAUCUGAAAGGCAUCAAAGAGAGCUGAGUGAAUGUGAUUUCCUGCAGGGCGGGUUCAGAAACUAUCAAUAAAGUGAGGAUGAGAGGCUUCUUAUCUGAGGUUUACCUUUCAUUUUAUUACAAAGUGCAGGAGCAUUAAGCCUCCUUACAGCACUCCGCUCUCUCAGAGCAUGAAAUGAAAGAGCAGCACUCAGAUAGGAGAUCUGCCUUACUCACUCUCUCAUAUCAUGUUCAGUGUCCCACCACUCACUCUGCUUUAAUCACCUGUACUUUACUAAAAGUGCCUCAUCAGACUGAACCUUCAGGUCACUUCGGCUGUGACUUUCAUGAAAUAAGAUUACUGUUGUGGGGGGUGUGGGGGGUGGCAGUUGUCCUGCGGAGACGCCCGUCAUUCCUCGUGCUCUCUACGACCCUGCCUGCAGAGAGGAGCGGCCCCUGCCCUCCUUUACGCUCUGACUAAUAAGUCCAGACCCUCAGGCUGUCGGGCAUGAUUGACAGGAAGUAGUAAUGAAGGGUGACUAAUAAGUGUGGCAAGUUUAUUGGUUUACGGCGAAAAUUCCUCACAGAUUCUGACACAGCACAUGUUCAGAGUAACAAUAUUUAUUCUCUGAGCUGUCUGUUGUUUGGCUGAGUUUGUUUCAGGUACCAGACUUCUUGUCUGAAAGUUUUUGAUGCUAUUUAAACUGAAAAAAAAGUAAGCUUGCCAACAUGAUAACUUUAGUUUGAUUACUUCAACUCCUCUUGUUGGAAUCAAACAAGGAAAUGAAACUAAUUUUGUAGUUUUCUUGAGUAUUUUCUUAAGGUCUCAGUCAGCGGCUUGAAAACAUAAACAGCCACAAAACAGGAGUGUAAAUCUGAUCUUUUCAUACAGAAAAGCAAACUUUCAAAACCAGAUUUCAGUCUUGAAUCUCGACAAAUCUCCACUCCUUUUGCCAUCACGUAUAACCAAGCCACACGAUGACCACAACAGGGUGACAUCUCUGCCCCACUCACACCUGGAGAGGAUUUGUCUGUGCUCACAUCUAUGUUGAUAAUCAGGUGCAUGUUGGUCUUUCUUCACAAAGUUAUACUGCGAACUAUUGGGCUGGCGUGCAAACUCCAGUGUGCACACGGAUUGUUUUCACUAUUGUUAUAUAUUUGAAGUUUUUUAAAACAGACUUUUCAGAUUGAUGAAGUUUUUAGAAGACAUAACCUUUGUCAGUACAGAUCUUGGGGUUAAUUUUUCUCCCUUUAGCAAAUUAAAUGACCUGUCUGGCAUUUUGACCCAGUUUCUAAUGUUAAUAAACAGUACACCAGGCCUUCAACUUAUCUACUUUUUUAAAAAUUCUUUGCAUAAUUGAGUGCAAGUAACUCAAAUGAAGACAGAAUAAGGUCAAGUGCAGCAUGAGACAAAACUUUUGGUCAAGAAGAACUCAGGAACAAAUGUCCUGAGUGAUCGUUUCAGUAGGAUUUUCUUGAGCUUGUUGCACUCUGGACCUAACCAACUAAAACAAGAUUAUAAAACUUAAAGUCUUUCCAAUAUGAAAGGAUUUAACAAGACUUUGACUGGUUGGGAUUGUCAAGAAUAAAGUGUUUUGAACAGAGUUAGAGUAAAAUAUCACUCAACUAGUUUCUUGACCUCCAACCUGAUCUAUAUUAAAAAAAUGAGAUAUUAACAAGUGCGUGAAUUCAAUUUCUUGCCAUAAUAUCUCCUUGCACAAAAGUUAAGUCACAUUGACUAGACAGGUCCAGAAACAAAGCUAUUUCACAUUAUUCCAAUGGGGCGCUCAAAUCAAGCUUGAGUAAAAAAUCAUCUACUUGCUUAAUUCACGCGAAUCUGGGCAUGUGACUGAAUAGCAUUUACUCGCUUCAUUUGAGCGUCAAUGGUAAUUUCAACAGAAUCCCUGCCAAUUCAACCGGCGGGAUCAAGUGAUAGACCAAGGUUUGUACAAUUUACCAGGUAAUCUGACCUUCUCACUUACUUGCCUCCAGGGAAGCUCCUUUUUAUUCUGGUUUCGGUUAUUGAAAGAAAAGGUAUCGUAUAAUUCGGGGCACCCACACACCGACACGAUCAAUUUGUCCUCCAUUUUAGAAACCAGUGAACAAUGUUUUUCGUUUUCAUUUGUUGUUUUCAUAAGCGCCGGCAGAGUUGUAGGAGCGUCUUAUCGCGUCUUUGCAUUGACUUUACAUGCAAUUCAAUUCAAAUGAUUUUACUUGUGCUUGGUGUGUGGAGACACUAAGACAUUACAACCCAAAAGUUAGGCUUCAGUGGUUUGUUAUAAGGUAGACCUCUCUGCGUAUACAGCAAGCAGCAUUUUCUCAAGACAUUUCUUCAAGUGAUUACAUUUUAUUUCAACGGAGGCACUUGCUGGGAUUCGAGUUUUGAAGUACAGAGAAAUCUGACAGCAGGUUUUUUGGUUUAAUAUUUCAGUGAAGUGCCAAAAACACUUUAAGAGCAUCAAUCUUGACAAGAGAUGCACAGAAUAAGAGAAACCCACACCUGAAUCCAGAAAAGUCUUAAACAUUAAAAAUGGAAACAGGUAAACUAAUCUCUCUCUCUCUCUGUGUUUCUGAAUGUUUCAGAAAACGAAAUCUGUAGGACUCCACUAAAAUAACUCAGUGAGAUUCAUGGGAUCAGGAUCAGAUAGUGUGCUGGUUUGGCACACUGUGUUUGAUAUGCGCGACAGUCAAUGGAUUAGCGGGGGACUCUUCAGGCCUAAUCUCACAGUCUCACUCCGCUGCACAGAGGUUCACUUUUCUGCCGUUUUAAUCUUAGUGGGCUUUUUUUGUGUGUGUGUGCUGGUUAAAUGUGAGUGGUGAAAUGGCAUCCCCUGUGUCUUUGUAGGCACCGGUGAGGGUAUUAGCAAAGAGGCUCUAAGGGGCUUAAGAGGUCAGCCCUCCCUUUGUGUGGAGACACAAAACACUUCCUGUGGGACCCUUCACCCCUCUCUGUUCUUCCCCCAGAAAGCCAGGGCCUGCCUGACCAUUCACAUUAAUCAGCCUUAGCUCCUAAUGACUGCAGUAAAGCUUCUAAAAACUGCCACAAAAAGGACCUAAAGAGCCACUAAGCUGCUAACAGAGCGGGAGAGGCCGCUGCUGAUUGUGGGGCAUCAGGCGGUAUCAAAGAUAGUGAAGCUGGUGUUUGGUCCUCCAAAGUCUACUCAACACGUUAAAGUCAUGAAACGUGAGUUUGUGGACUCUUUCAAGACUUUUGACUAGGUUUCAAGUAAAGUUAACUCUGCAGAAGCAAGAGUGCUGUUCGGUUUCCCGUUUGUCAUGUCAUGUUUGCACUGUAAAAAAAAAUCUGUUACUAAAAACUACAAUUUGAUAAGUUAAGUCUCGUUUUUGUUUGUCAAAGAUUUUCUCUCAACCUGUUUCUGACAUGAAUCAACCAGCCUCGAGGUUUUAACUGUAAUGUGGUCUAUUUUCUUGGUUCUAGGGUAGGUAUUGGCCUCUAUUUGUGCUUUUUUUCCCCAGAAAAUUUAAAAUUGCCUCCACAUUUGGCUUUUUUUGGUCUCGCUUGUGCACAUCCAAGGGACAUGUCUGCUUUUUCUUAAUGCUUUCAGGGGGAAUAUGCAAAGUACGAGGUAAAAAAGGACAAAAAGUAGAAUGUUUUUGAAAGGGUCUUUGUAAAGUCAUGUAAAAACCUGUUGUAUGGUAAACUUUUUUUGUCUUUUUUGUAGAGGAAAGUGAAAUUUUAAACUACCAGUUUUGUUUUAUUUUGCAUUUUUGUUCUCAACUUCAUUACAUUGUCAAAAAAAAAAAAAGUGAUGAAAAUACUUUUAUUUUAGAUCACAUCCACGAUUGUUUAAUUAUCAUGCGACUAUGACUAACAGUAGAAAUCUUUUGAAAUGAGGUUUGAAGUGGAAACGGUGUGAAUCACAUCAUAUGUCUGUUUUUCUUGUCUGGUGCAGGUUUAGUAAACAAAAAAAUUCAACAUAUUGAACAAAUUUAGGUAAAUAGUGUUUUUUUUUUGCAGUGUGAGUUUAUAUAAAGGGAUUCACUUCAAUGGAGGUGAACUUUGCUUGGGAUAUGAAUAAUGCUCUGUGCACAUAUACAGAAUAUAGCAUAUUUUAAGCUGCAGCUCAAAAUGACUAAAUCUUAAUUAAGGUUUCUGUUUUUGAAAAAUGUCACACAUGAUUUUUUUUCUCCUUUUUUGUUCUUUAAGGAUUCAUUAUAUAAAAAAAAAGUUACAUUUUGACAGAAAAAUUUCCAUCAGCUGGCUUAUCAGUGCGAUUUUCUUCCUUGUUUGGAUUAAUAAAAGCAAAAAGCCGCUCCUCAUACUCAUUAAUCAUGAUUAAUCAGAAAAGUUCAGUGUUGUUUUUGCAGUUUUGACUCAUUUACUCUCAUGUCAGUAGUUUUAUUGUGUUUCGCUUCUGACAGGAGCGACUUUUCCGUCUCUGCUGGUUCAAGACAAAUGACUGUUAAGAGAAAAUUGGCUCUCCACUAGAUUGAAAUCAUAUACCAUUAAGGCUGAAAUGUAAAUUGGCUUGAAAUCUCUUCUUGAUAAAAAGCAAAUGUGAUCCUUCUGACAGUGGAGGCCAAACUCAGUAAAGGUUUCUGGAAGUGUAUGUGGGUCAGUGCGGCUUUGGAGGGAGGCCUGAAACAUGAAGUAUGUGCACCUCCUCAUCAGGACCGUGUUUCCUGAUUCUAAAUGGCUGCUGACUUUUUGCUUUUUGUGUUUCUUGGAAGAAAUUAGGCGAAGCUGACAUGUGAGCGCACUUCUUUUCCAGCGUAGGUUUGUGAAUCAUGUGUGAUUCACAGAAUGAUGGAGCUCCGUGAGCGGCCUCAGAGACAACCCAAAACAUGUCUGAUGAAGAAAAAUCUGCUUUUGUGAGCAGAUUUUAACACUCCCUGCGCUCUUAAUUGCUUUUGUUGCUCCAGUUCAAAUGUCUGGUGUGAUCAUUUGAGUUUAUCUGAUGAUAGUUUGAAGCUGUUUUUCUGUUACCACAACAGAAGAGAAGUUUGAGCUUGCUCAUCCAGUUUCAGACCCCUGCGGCGGAAAAUAUUAAAAACACGAAUUUUAUUUACGCGCAUGUGAAGAGCAGUUGUUGUUUCAUGAACUUAGUGUGACUUUGCGGGACCUUUUGUGUGGCUCUCCGGCCCGUUGAGACUCAAAGUGUUUCCUCCUGUUGGAUUUCAGCGCACUUGGUGCUUUGGGACCCAUGAAAUAUUAAAAAAGCCGUUUGUGAUCUCACGAUAGAGCCUGGACGAACCUUCACACGCAAGCAGGAGAAAUCCAGGUCAGGACCGCCAUGACUCUAAUAGAGGGGUCGCCGUUGUGUCGUCUGUUCUUUCCUCCAAAUUCUUUCCUAGCCUGUAUUUCUGUGCUGAUGAACAAGCGUGAUUAAAUCGUCUGAGGUAUUUUAUCACUACUUAAGUUCGAAUUGUGCAGCCAUUAGUUGAAUUCUUCGACGGCUUAAAUGUGAACACUUUCCGUAGACGUGGCUGACUUCUUCCUCCUUCCUUUCGCCUUUUCUCUGUGCUGUGUGGCGGAGUGUGGAGCUCAGGCAGCCAUUUUCCAAAAUCGACUCCAUUUUGAUUCAAGGAAUAAAAAGUAGGUUACGAAUCCUGGGAUGCCACUUGAGUGUUUUCUGAUCUUUUCAGACCUGACACUCAACUUCUGCAAAAAAAAAACUCUCCUUCUUAGAAGCUCAUUUAUAUCUGAAAGGGAAGUCUCUUGUACCUGUCAUUGAAUUCUUUGAGUCAGGUUUCAAAAAAUCGUGAACAAAUCAGUGGAAUAGGAGUUAAAAAUUCACAUUUCAUUCGUCUUAUCAUUCUUUAUCUCUGUGAUUCUGGUGAAAUGAUGUGUUUUGCAUCCCGAAAGUCCAAGAAACAGAUACAAAUCAAUGCAUUUGACAAAAAUACUUUAAUUUUUUAGAUUCUGAUUGAAAAUUGUCUCUGCACUGUUGUAAGAACAUUUUGUCCUGAUUCGUUUCUCGGAAAAACACGAUUUGCUGCAGAUUAGAUGGUCACUGUGAAUCUGCAGCAGAUUUGCCUCAUUUUAUCAUAAAGCGUACGUAUGCAUGUUGUAAUUACCUUCUACAAAGAGGUGAAAAGUUGUGCUUUCUGCAUGAAUGUUAGAAUUACAUUGGCCAGUAUUGUGCAUAAACGCUGUUUCCAAGAUUUCCUGAAAUGUGAUAAAAAUCAGAUGACUAUAAAACAUGAUCUGAUCUUAAAAUUAGUCGCAGAUACUCGAUAAGAGCAUGAAAAUUUCAGAUUUUUCAGAUAAAACUCCGCAUAUGACAAACAGUGACGAAUGACGACACUUCAACUCGUUCAAAUAUCUGUACAAUGGCUGCUGUGCUGCUUUAAUUUUAUUCAGUAAAUCAUUUAAAGAAAUAAAGUUAAGCCAACUUAUUUUCUCCUGACAGAUGUUAAAAUAUAAGUGCAACAAGAAGAAUUACUUUUUGGACCUGUUUGUACUGAAAAUGAGUCAAAGUGAAUCAACUUGGUGUUCGUUGAAUAGUUUGACCCAAAUUCUCUGCAACAGGGUUUUUUUUUUUUUUAGAAAAGACAAAGUAAAAUCUGAUGCUGUUAGAAGUUUGGUCACAGCUGUCCAGCUGCAUGAUUAGCUGCAAACAUAAGAUUUGGUGAUGUCUCUGUCGCUGUUUGCUCUCCAUGCUGCCUGUGCUGGCGGCUACCUUGGCGCCCGUAUCACCGGUCACAGCAGCAGCACGAUGGGAACACGCGGGCAGACGCUGGGAGCGCUCGCGCCGAUGAUCCCCUUUUAUGUCUUGGCUCCAUCAGGGCCCGGAGUUAUUCUAGUGCAUAAUUGAUGGAGGAGUUAGAAUAGCAGAAGUAAUGCGAUGAGAGGGUGCAGCCAAGCGAAGCGAGGGAUCGCGUGCGUGGGGCUGCAAACAUUGCAGGGGACGAGAGGAGGGCAUCUGGCGUAACAGGUCCCAGUGCUGAGUCGACACAGAAUAUGUCACCGCCGCAGCCAAUCACAGAGCUCCUCUCUCCGCCCAAUCAGAUUGCUCUACUUUAGCAGAGUACUACGCUUUCAUGAAUCAAGGCUUCAAGGAGCUUCUCGCCUUUUUUUGCCUCCUUAUUGCGGGUUUUAAGGUUGCACUUGAUCCAGGUGUAAAACAGAGAUAAUUCGAUAUCAGGAAGUUUUCAGUCUAGUCUUUGUAUCAGUCUUUAUCCGUCCUUUCCUGUAGAGGAUCCUGAGGCCAACUCUGCCAUAUCAGCGGUGACAGGGUGGAUAUCGCACCUAGACAAGCGCCUUCAAAGAGAAACUAAUGGCCCAACAAGCCUGUUAUUGUCUGUUCAACAAAGGAGACAAGGGCACCGAGAGCCCGUCCCAUCCUGUGCUGAAGAGAUGAGCAAACUCUGAGGAGAGUAAAAAACUGGAUAAGAAACGGGGUAAACCACCAAAUCUUGCCUUCAGUUUUAUUUUAGUGGCACAAACAUUUUUACAUGGAUAAAAAAAAAGACAGAAAAUUUCAAUAGAGACAGCAGGAAAUGUGCACAUGUCCAGGAUUAAGCAUUAAACUAAAAAAGAUUAGCUGGACGUUAAAUCCAAAGACGUGUAGGUUAAAAUAUCUUUUAUUAAGUACACGAUGCAAAGGACUGAAAUCAAAUGCACUGGUCAAAUGACAUUUUCUAUGUAUGUUUCCACAGCUGUACUGAAUAAAAAUGCAAUUUACUAAAAAAGAAUAAAAAAAAAUUAAGAAAAAAAAAAACAACAGAAAAAAAGGUAAAUUUGGUAAAAAAUAAUUUCAAAAACUCAGAAAAAAAAUAAGAGUCAGUAAAUGAUGAGUUUGUAGUGUUUGUUAUCAGUUUAGGUUAGUUUUUUAAAUAAUCUUGAUAAAAAAAAAAAAAACCUCACCUCUUGUACUUAAGUAGAAUUAUGCCAAAAAUAAUCGCUUUUCAACACAAAAAUGUAUGAAAAAUGUUAAUUAUGGGGAAUAUGUAACAAUUUUGUCUAAUUGACAAAACAUUUUUUCAAAUAUGUUUUGUAAUUCACCGUUUUAUUAUGGAGUUUUUUUCGCCCUGUUAUCACCCCAGCUCCAAACCAAAGUGCCAGACUAGACGACUCCAGCUUUGAGUAUUUGUUGUGUAUCAAUUAGUUGUGCCUUAAUAUGCAAAAUGUGCAUUAGAGCCAGCUAAUGGAAAUUUAUUGUAAUUUGUGGAAGUGUUCUUUUAAUUAUCCAGCAGCCAGUGUAAUGCAGACAGCGAGUUGUGCAGUAGUUUGUGCGUGGCGGAGCAGACAGUAGUGGCUGUCUGAAACACAGACCUGUCCAGCGGAGCACUUAGAGGCCACUGGACUGGGACUGUGCCUAUUAACAUCAUAAAAUCCGACUCAUAAAGAUGUUUUAUUUGUUUCCUGAGUGUGCCGGCUGCUUAGGUUUCCAUCAGAAGUCUUUAUGGCUCACUGCUCAUAUUUCUGUCUCUGCAUGGAGGUGACUAUUAACUUUUAGUGGACUUUUGUAAGUAGCAAAAGCUCGGUCACUAAAAGUUCACUAAUUACUUUUCUCUUUUUUGUGGGUGGACUUUUCUCGACUGCAGUGUGGGAGUUUGGGAGGAAAAAGUUGGUAAAUAGUGUAAUUGAUGGCAGGCGUGUAGAUAUGAAUUUCGCUGAAAAAUUGUGUUUCGUGUUCACGUAUGUAUUCACGUUUGUAAUUAUUUUUAAAAACUUUUUCUCUCUUUUUUUUUUUUACAACCCAUAUUUAUUACAUACUAUUUUACAUAUUCCACAGCUUGAACACAAUUUUUAUAUUUUUCACUGUAAUGAUAAUUCAUAAUAAUUCACUGUUUGUCAAAUUUUCUCAAAAUUGGAACACAUUUCUAUAAUUUUUUCUUUUUUUUUUUAGCAUAAUUAUUUAACUAUUCAAAUCAUGGUUUAAUUAAUUAUUAAACAUAUCUUAUAAGACAUGCACAUAAUGCAAAUUUCUGUAUAUUUACUUAAAUGUAUGCUUUGUUAAUGCAUAUCAAGGUCAUUUGUAUGAAUAUGUGGUGUUUGAUUUUUACAUUUAUUCUCUAAUAUGUUGAUACUCCGUCACAGUCUGACCUACAAUUAUCCAGUUUUUUUUUUAAGUGGUUAAAUUGUAAUAUAUUUUUAUUUAAUCACUUUUUCUACAUGAGGAAAAAAAAUACUUUGAUAAAAACUAGAGCAGCAGACUUCUUGCUGUGACUUUCAUUAUUUCAUUAUUCCAUUACUAUGUAGCUUAUCAUUCCUUUUUGGGUGUCGCAGCCAUCCCUUUGAACAUUAAGCUGAUAUUAAGUCUCAUGACUGCAGUUCUACCUUCAAAACUGACAGAAAAAAUCUUUUCAAAGCUAGCCGGCCUUUGCAGGGUUGAACUCGCUUUGAUGCAGCCGUGUGUCGCUGGCGCCGGGUUCCACCUCUGUCACUUCCCCUCAGUUUCACUUAUUUGAGCCUGUAUGAUUACAGGCUGGAAUAAAAAGAAGGAAUUGAUCGUAGAUGAAGAAGAAGAAGAAGAAGGAGAAAAAAAAAAAACAUGGGCCCUAAGUGUGGACAUUAGAGUCCUGUGACUUUCCUCUGCGUCACAUGGUCCUUUCCAGAAGUAGCGCUGGUGAGGUCUAGACACGCGAUACACAAGGGGGUUAGAGAAACACGCCGGCUAAGACGUCACACGCAUUUACCAUCCAAGCCACUCCUGUAUAGAGGCAGGCCUGUUGCUAAAUUUGCCCAGCAACCCAGCAGUGGAGUGGGAGAUGUGGUGCUAUGGUUCUGCACCAGUGUUUGACACACGCCUUCACUUUUCCCUGUUCAGAAAUCACAUCAUUUCUCAUUGUUUGACAGUACAGCAAAGACCCUGCAGAGUAUAAACUCUGCAUUGCAAUGGUUAAUUGUUGAAUUAAGAGUUUGGAGUUCAACUCUUGAGGCUGAAUCAAGAGGCCAUCACCAAGAGGCCUUUUUUAAAUUCGGUGUUAUCAUCUUUUUGUCAUUUGCAGCCAAAAAUGUAAAAAUGAGGUUACAAAUCCUCCACACUGCAGUAAAAGUGUAAAAUAUGCUAAUCAGUCCAAACACCCCCAAAAUACAGGGGUGUGUCCUCUCGGAGAGUCUCCAAUCAGGGUUAACCCAUCACCCCGCGGCAGCCAAUGAGGCGUGGAGCAGCUGUGCUUCCAUUGGCCCACUGAGUGUAGAUCACCAAAACUGUGCCAGAUACACCAGGGUAGAAGUAACCUAGAAUUGCUUUUGCCUGAAGGAAGCAAAGCUCUUAAUGCAGCAUGUUGAAUCCAAGCUGCAGAACCCGCCCGCUUUCUGGGGGAUGUAAACUGAAAAUGCCAACAACUAUCUGAAUAAAUCACUAUCUGUAUGGCCGCUGUUCUCCGUGGCUCGCACUGUGGGUCUGCCACACUGUAAAUGUUAGAGGUUACAGCCAGCCGAGUGUGCUGCUCUCUUUCAUGCCUCCUUGCUUGCUAAUUAUGUCUUCCAGCGCUUCGUAUUCCCUCCUUCAAGGCAGAGAAUUAAGAACCUUUUUGUCCUUUGCUUGCAAAGAGUGUAAAAUACUGGUUAAAAGUCAAACUGUACUACAAAUUAUUCUGUAUGUUCAAUAGUUUUUCAUGUCAAAGCACUUACUCUGCAGAUAUGAGAUAAUCCCCCGUAGUCUUUGUGAUAGCACCACAACUUAAAACUGCUAUUCUAAAGUUCCAGUUUUGAGCCACCCAGACAAUUUUAAUAAAGCUUAAUAAUUUUUUUUGUUUGUUUUUAAUAAAGGUUGUGUUUCAUGUAAAUGAACUGAAAUCCCCCAAAUCUGUUUUUUUUUCUUUCCAAGAAACUCUAAUAAGGUUAAGACCUCCGUAACACGAUGAAGUGAACCCAAAUAGGAUUAAAAGCCCAUAAAUUCCCCUGACUCGAUGAAGAAUAUUGCAGCGCGUGCAUUUUUAUCCAAAUAUUCAGAAAUUUUCUUUUUAGAGGAAAAAUUUAUUAGACUUUGAAGCGCUGCAUGUUUGAAUUGUUACGUUUUAUUUCAGAAAAGUGUAUUUUGUUCGACCAAAUUUUCUGCAGUGAUUCAAAAUGUAUUUUUUACGACAACAAAAAUUUAAUUUCCACCUAAUCGCCUAUUAAGGCGCCGAAAACCCUCAGAAAUUAGUUAAAAAUGCAAAAAAAAUUGGUACAGUGAUUGAAGAAAUUUAAUGUCUCAUCACGAAAAAAAUACACUUAGAUAUCAUUCAAUCAAGUACCACUGAGUUUUUACGUAAUCAGAAUUUAUUCAGAUUUUUUUUUACAGUAUCAGAAUAAAAAAAAUAAAACCUGUAUUUGUUCGUACACUUCUAAAAAUCUCCUUAAUCUGGUUAAAAAAUGCUUAACAGCAAAAAAAUCCUCAAAAAACUGGGCAAAGGUCCGAAUUUUAAUCAUGUUUUUUUGUCGUGGAUUAUAGAUAAAUGAAAAAAAAAAAAUUGUGCUAUUUUUAAAAUAAUUUCUCACUUGCAAACCGACCUCGUCACGUCAGGUGAACUGCUCCCUGGUUCAGCUCUGCAAACUUCACCGUCCAGAUGGUUUUCAUCCGGCCGCCCGCUCACGCUGCUUCGCUAUCAGAUUAAGGAAAAGUGAUUAAAGCCACUCUGACUUUUAUUCUUUGUCCUGCACCCUGUAAAAUCUAUCUCUCCACUCUCACAUGUGAUCACUCAACUAACCCCUAACAUGCAAAUAUACAACCAGCAGGCCUUUGUUCUAAGUUUACAGAACUGCAGUGCCACUUCCCUGUCUGCACUUGAUUACGAACUGGCGUGUUGAGUCAGUCUUCUGAACAGGACAAAUGUGUUGGGUCUUUCCCCUGAAUUUGGACAGUUUUUUUUGUGAGUGUGGACUUACUUCUUCAAAUAUUUUGUUGCUGGUGAUCCUGCUCAGAUGAAUGUCAGCACUUUGGUGACUUUAAUUUGGCGGUGUGCUUUGUGGGCGCAGACACACAUUUAAUCUACUGUGGAAAAUGAGUCUGCAGACUUUGGGGAGACAGUGUGAUCACACACACACACACAUAUACAGUCACUCACACAGAUGCAGACGCAGGCUUGUGAGUGGGGUGUCAUAUGUUUAUCCUGUAAGUCAGCUGUUUGAUCAUAAUUUGUGAUUAAUCAGCCAUGAGAGCUUUUGAAUUAAGAGCAGCUUUUCAUGUCAGUGUAACUGCAGCCUAAUCCGUCUGGCCUUUCCCAACAGCUUUAUAGUUUAACGGAGCAGAUGACACAGAGCGGGCGGCCCGGUGCUGGUUACAAAGUGUCUUAGAACUGGAAAGUUGCAGGUUUAGUCCCAGUCCAGCAAUAAAUUCAUGCAUUACCAAUGAAAUGUGCAUCUUAGAUGUUUAUUUAUUUUUUUUCCGAUUCAGACUGUUCAUAAUCUAGAUGAAUUCUGAGUAGGCGAGGAAUCUGCUCUCUCUUUGACUCAAAAAAAGGUCUCGUGUGUGGAAGUUCAAAGGUUUUGCAGCAGCAGUAGACCAAAAGGUGCAGAAGUGAAAAAAAAGGCUUUCAUGAAGAUGCUAAAGUCUGCAGAGCAUGGUUUUAUGUACUAAAAGUGACAGCACAGCAUUACAAAGUAUCAAAAGGUGUACUUAUAUUUAGAUUAUUUUACACUAGACUAAGAUAGAUGCUUUUAGAGAAAUCUCUACUUUCCUCUAGCAGAUAUUCCAGAUCUAUGUAAAGCAGAAGUCCACUUACUUGAAGCGCAGACAUCUUGCUAACAUGACUUAACAGUUAGAACAUAAAAGUCACUUUGCGUUUAAAAUUAACAGCCUUACCUUUGAAAAAUAUGGUUUCUAUUCAAACAGUUUCAAUACAUUUUAAAUAGAAACAAGAUGUUAAUCAAAGUUAAUUUUGACCAGUUAAUUAUACAAGUUGAUACUUGACCUGUUAGAAGGAUUGUUGUCAUUUUUUGCCAAUUUAUGCAACUUUGAACACUCUUGGUACAGGUAUUUAAAGUAUUUUAAGUAUUUUAUUCAAAUCUGACAAGAUCUGAAACCUUAAACUGGCUGAACUCGGAACGGUUUUCAGCCUUAAUUUAGACCGAAGUAAAGAAGUCCACUCAGUCCAGAGUUAGCAUUAAAAAAUGGUGGAUUAAAAUACACUGACAGCCAUCAAUACCUACCCAGACAGGGAUUACGCAGCCGUCACUGCAUGUUCAGAGACGGAGCUGACUUCAGCUUUAGUCUUCAUACCUGUAAUAUCGGGCCCAGUGUUGUUUACUUUAACUUAUUUAUAUUUUCUUAAUCUUAAUGCUCAGAAUUAAAAAAAAACGGAAUCUUUGUUGCUGAAUCUUGAUAUUAAUGCGACCUUGCCGCAACAAAACUGUGUCUGUGAUUAAGUAUUGUGGUACAGGGUGUAAUAUUGAUGUAAGGUAGAGGUUAUAUUAAUGUAUCUUCAGCUAUAAAGUUAUUAAAUUUGCCUUGAGAUUAAUUCUGCUCUUGUUAUCAACAUAAUGUUUCAUUCCCUGAUUUCUUAGAUGACUCUUUCCAUGAGUGGACAUGUUCUCAUGUAGAGACUUUGUUCCUCCACUGGUUUGAAAGCUCUUUCCUCUGGCAGAGCAUCAAGCCACAGUUAGGACAAUAAAAUUGCUCAUACCAAGUCUAAAGACUUUCCUCACCAUAAAAUUCAGAUAAGUUUCAGCCUAAACAAUGCCUUCACAUUUAUCUGCACAUGCUUGCUUGGUAGCUUUCAUUGUUCUGUUCUCCGCAUGACUAAAAGAAACAAUCGCCUGCUAAUCUCACGAGUAUCGAUGCAAAUGAAAUACCUAUAAAAUGCAUCAGACUCACCCUGCAUGCCAUGCCCUGGGCGCACUGUUCCCUCCCCACAAAUGUUUCUCCUACUGCCCCCUUUGUUCCGCUCCAGAAUGGAGUUGACGCGUGUGAAACCGAACGUGAUACCAGGGGCCCGAGGGUUCAUUAUUCGCCGCUGUUCUCACGGGGUGAGUGAAAAAUCACUCCUUUGUGCCUUGGAAGAAAGAGCCUUCCUCUGACCUCAUGGUUACGCAGUGUAAUGUCAAAAGGCCCCGAGGUUUGUGCGGUGUAGCCACACCCACUCUGUUGUGGAGCCGCCGUGGAACCCGACCAGGGUUCCCCGUCCCUGAGAGGGAGUUUGAGGAAAAAAAACAGCCUCUUGUAAACAAAUGUUUGGAUCCCACACCGUAUACCGCACUAAUUGGACCUUGGCUGCUUUUAAAGUCUCCUUUUUUUUUAACUCAAAUCCAGAAAGUCCAUUUUCUGCAUCCCCUAUACUGUUCACAUCACAACACUCACUCCCCAAUUAGGCUCCUUCUCUUAAGGGACCAGUUUGAGAUGUCUUGGCCUCUGCGGCGCUGCACUUUAUCAGAGUAGUUUGAAUUACAGGUUUCUUAACAGUAAGGGGAUCCCCUCCGCCUGUUUAAGAGAGUUGACUGACAUCAAACACAUUUUUUUUUUGCUCAUCAAAGCGGCAGCAGAGAGUCUUUCUGAACGUGCAGAUCAUGCUCGGUGGCAGAUCUGAGCAGGCGUCCUUUAAGCUUCACUCUGAACACUUCCAGAUGACAUAAUGACCCAGAAAAGGAGCAUUUCUAAGCUGUGAGAUGUACAUUUACGAGUACAAGUGUCACUAAUUUCGGAUCCUCAUCAACACAGAAGAUGAGGAGCCUGAAUUUUUUUGUGGGAUUUGAACCUGAAAGUGUUUUUAAAGUAUCAUGUUUUCAGUGGCUUCAGGUAAAAAUUUUGGCAGUCUGCUUUACUCUUUCUGCACCAGACACUUUAUUUGGCUUAGUGAUCAUUUCUUGCACUGAUACAGAGCGCUUUUACGAGCAGUGGUGCAAAAAUACUGGACGCAAAUAUGUGAGAGUGAGCAAGAAUGCUGAUUUUAGCUCAAGUAACAAAAACAGACAUGUAAUGCAACUUAAAAAGACACUUUUAGGGAUUAAAACACAAAGUGACUCGCUAAAAGACAGAUUUUUGACAAUAAAUGCAAAAUCCUACAGUACAUUGAGCCUUGAAGCAGCUUUUUACUGUCUUAUUACUUUAAGCCGAUGUUAUUUAUUAAAUCAAGUGACUCAACAGUGUGAAAGCUACUUUCACCUGGUUUUAGACACCAGAAUUCGGCACAAAAUAGGGUAAAACCCACUUUGUGAUCCCACCUUUUGAUCCCACAUUUCAAGAGAAACCUGAUAGUUUGUCACAGGAAAAAUUUCAAAGUCUAAAGUCUGCAGAGCGUGGUUUUAUGUACUAAAAGUGACAGCACAGCAUUACAAAGUACCAAAAGGUGUACUUAUAUUUAGAUUAUUUAACACUAGACUAAGAUAGAUGCUUUUACAGAAAUCUCUACCUUCCUCUAGCAGAUAUUCCAGAUUGCACCGAUACAGAGCUUUUUUACGAGCAGUAGUGCAAAAAUACUGGACGUUUAUGUGGGAGUGAGCAAGAAUGCUGAUUUUAGCUCUAGUUCUGAAGCAAGUAACAAAAACGCACAUGUAAUGCACCUUAAAAAGACACUUUCAGGGAUUAAAACGCAAAUUGACUCGCUAAAAGACAGAUUUUUGACAAUAAAUGCAAAAUCCUACAGUACAUUGAGCCUUGAAGCAGCUUUUUACUGUCUUAUUACUUUAAGCCGAUGUUAUUUAUUAAAUCAAGUGACUCAACAGUGUGAGAGCUACUUUCACCUGGUUUUAGACAUCAGAAUUCGGCACAAAAUAGGGUAAAACCCACGUUGUGAUACCACCUUUUGAUUCCACGUUUCAAGAGAAACCUGAUAGUUUGUCACAGGAGAAUGUCAAAGUCUCAAGUCUGCAGAGCAUGGUUUUAUGUACUAAAAGUGACAGCACAGCAUUACAAAGUACCAAAAGGUGUACUUAUAUUUAGAUUACUUAACACUAGACUAAGAUAGAUGCUUUUACAGAAAUCUCUACCUUCCUCUAGCAGAUAUUCCAGAUUGCACUGAUACAGAGCCUUUUACGAGCAGUAGUGCAAAAAUACUGGAUGCAAAUAUGUGGGAGUGAGCAAGAAUGCUGAUUUUAGCUCUAGUCCCGAAGCAAGUAACAAAAACAGACAUGUAAUGCAACUUAAAAAGACACUUUUAGGGAUUAAAACACAAACUGACUCGCUAAAAGACAGAUUUUUGACAAAAAAUGCAAAAUCCUACAGUACAUUGCGCCUUGAAGCAGCUUUUUACCGUCUUAUUACUUUAAGCUGAUGUUUUUUAUUAAAUCAAGUGACUCAACAGUGUGAAAGCUACUUUCACCUGGUUUAAGACAUCAGAAUUCGGCACAAAAUAGGGUAAAACCCACUUUAUGAUACCACCUUUUGAUCCCGUGUUUCAAGAGAAACCUGAUAGUUUGUCACAGGAGAAAUUUCAGGAUAAUUUCUCUUUUUAAAUUGAAAAUGUUACUGUUCAGAGUUUUUUUUCAGCAGCAGCUGCUGAAACCUGAGGUUCUCCUCUGUACUGCUGACAAAUCCAGAGCCUGACCGCAGGCAGUGAUGGAGUUUUCAUAGCAAAUCCUUGUAACUGUGCGAUAUAUGAUAGCCUGCUUUAAUCACUCAUUAUUAUGACACGACUCAACCAAAGCGGCGCUCUCAUGAGGUUGAUUUUGGAUGCAGCUCUAAUGUUCCAUCCAGCUCCUCCAUCUUUCUGUCGUCUCCCGCCUCCCUCGAUAGCGCUGCCUUGUUAGCCAGGAAUGUGGAAACGGCACAUUUCUGCUAAACUGAAGCUUCAUGGGAAAACGUUGCUUCUUCUGUGUCUGCAGAGGAAGAACUGUUAAUGGAUUAAGUAGCUGCUGUUUCCCACCCGAGGACCAGGCCUCGCUCGUACCCCGGCUCAUUCAAGCCCCCCCCCCUCCUCCAUCUGUGUGCAGGACUAAUAGGCAUGGCUAGUGUAGCUCAGCUUUAGACCCUGGUCCUCCGCCAUGAACUUGGCUUUCCUGCCCCUCUUCACCCCAUUCAUGUCAGCAGGUCCUGGCAGUCUUGUUGGGCUUUUUUGAGUGUGUUCACUUUGGACGGCGAUGAAAGGAGUCGGGGGAACACGGGAUCUUAAAUCACUUAAUGAGGGGAGACAGGCAACGCUUUUGUCCAGCUUGUUCUGGAGCUGCGUCCAGCCAAAGGCCUCUAACGGGCUCUGACACCUCGCUCUGCUGCAGACCUGAGGGUGUGUGUGAGUGUGCGCGCCUUGGUGUGUUGCCAGCAUCUCCUCGGCCUGCUUCGGCUUCAGCGUUCCGACCAUUUUUGUCCGACUUCUCAGCAUUUAUUCACAUUUCCUCACAAGCUCGGCAUGUUUGUUUGGUUUCAGCCUAUUUUGUGUGUUUGGGGCGGCAGGGAGCAUAUUUGUGUGUGUGGUGAGGGUUAAGUGGGAGGUGGAAAAGAGGCCACAUGAUGUGUAAGGCGGCCAUGUCGAGGACAGGGUUGCUCCCUGCGGGUGUUUGGCCUCGGCCUACACUUAGCAUGUGCUGACUGAGCUGGAGCAUGCAGGAAAACCAAGAGAAGGAGAUAAAUAAACAAGUAGCAGCAGAGCUUCACAUGUUUGUGUUUGGUUGUUACGGCAGCCUUAGAGUUUCAAACACGAAACCCUCCUGAUCCAAUGAAGUAAACACAAAAAUAUGUUAAUGGAGGAGGAAAAGAUCUGUAAACUUCGCUCGAAAAGUGUUGUUCUCAGCCUCAUACUGCUGGAGAGGUCUGCUUUCACUUCUUUUCUUUCUGAGAGUCAGCUUUCUCAACAUAAUAGCAGAUUGUGAAAAUGGUAAAAUAACAGCCGCUGACCUUAAACAUGAGGCCAUCCACACGGCAUUUCAGCAUAACCUUUUUUACAACAUGGCAUAGAGUGACCCAAAGAGCACCAAGUAGACGGCCAAGUGGGUGAAAAGGUUAUUCGAGCCUGUAAGGUACCAAUCAUGUAAAUAAGCAGUUGACUUGACUGUGUUUUUAUUAUGGAAGUCUUAAUGUGAGCUGCUGUAGAUUUCAGUCUGCAGACAUCAGGAGACGCUGAGUUGCUACCGCAGUUAUGCCUGCUACACAAGAUGGCACACAUAAACGUCUGCUCGGAUUCGCCUGAAGAUCUUGCUGAUAUUUCUGUCAGAGGCAGUAUAAAACUGCAGAAUUUUUCACAUCAUAACAGAGUUUUUAGUAUUUAAACACCAGCUACUGACUCUGUGAAAUUUGAUUUGCUGUCAUUCAGGCUUCAUGAAGGAAAGUCAAUGGUGAUAUCGGCGUUGUGUGGGCUGAUUUUGAUAAGGUGCCGGUUUUGUCAAAAUGUCACUAAUCGGUCUAAUUAAGAGGCAGAAAGAUUGAGCAGUUUCUCUCUAGACUCGUGUGUGUGUGUGUUUGUGUGUAAGUCUGACUCUGAGGUUUGUUUAAAGACCCACUUUGAUGAAAAUCAUGUUUUUCUUGUUUUUUUUAAUAUGUUCUUAUAGCAUUUUUCUGAUGCUUCAGGACAUAUCAUGAGAAAACUAAAUGUGAAAUUGCUUUUCAGAGUAUUUCUUCAUUCAAAUCUCUGUGAAUCUCUGGCAGACCCAAACAGCAGGCUCGGAAACAGUGAGAUUUUAUACGUAACCAAUCCAAGCUCCACCCCCGGGGCCGCGCUAUGCAGGCAACACUCAGCAUCUAGAGGAGAAACACAGAGGACGAUCACAGAACAAGCGUGUGCGUUAGCAGUUCCCAAUGCUCGUAAGAAAGCUAGGUAUGAUAUUAGCUUUUAUCGUGUCCCUAAAGACAUUAGUGUCUGAGAGCUGAAUAGCGUCUAUGUUACCUGCUACUUCUACUGCACCGGCAAUGUUAGGCUACAAGCUAACGUGAAGACGAGUGUGCGGAGAAGCACUGUCUCUGCCCACAACUCAGAGGCGAAUUGCUAAUGAUCUACUGGAGCUCUGCAGAAGAAAAGCCCUUGGUAAUGUGAUUUUUGGUAAAAACUUAAUAAUCACAAUUUAAAGACCACUGAGAACACUUGUAGUAGUAUAAAAGACGAUCGGAGUGGGACUUAAACAAUUAUUCACCAGUGAGCUACUUCAAGUCUGGACCAUGAUAAGGAUCAGGAAGGUUUGGGCGGACAGGGGUCAGCUCUGUUGUGGAGGUCUCCACCCUGUGGCAUCACAUCCCAGGAAAUCCCGCUCUCACCCCCUUGACACCAUCAUCUCCAAGCUGCUGCUACAGUAGAUGAGCUUCUGUCUCCUCUGCUGCUGCAGGUUCGGUCUGUUCACGUCUCUUAGUCCAUUUUCACUCGUGCGCUGCCUGUAACGCUCCCCGACAGUCUUCCUCAGUUCCCCUUCCUCCUGUUUUCUCUCUGACGUUUUCGCCCAAAGUGUGUUUUAGCGCUGGUACGGCUUUUUGCCUUUGACAGUUAGACUUGUCCCUCUCUCUCUCUCUCUCUCUUAUUUAUUGUCUUUCACUGUGCACCACCACCUCCCUCCUCUCUCUCUUUCACACAUGCUACACACACACAUUUCACACACACUGCACACACACUGUGAAGCUGGCAGGCUGGUGUUCACUUACAGUUUUGGAGACAUAAAUGAGUUUUCUGAGCUGGUCUUCAUUAGAAACAGCUUUUUUUUUUCAGAGGACAGUGUGCGCACUCUGGCACUAAACCGACCCCGUUUGAACCAUUUACAUAUCAGUUUCAAACAGCUGCUGUGCAUGUGUGUGUCUGUGUGUGUGUGUUUGGUGUGUGUGUGCAUUCAGGGUUUAAGUUGGACUCUAAAAAGCUAAGAUUUAUAUGGCGUUUUCAGUGUAGCUUCACUGCAACCGCUUCUUUGGCUGUUAGAGCUCACUGUUCUUUUCAGCUGGCUCAAGUCCGGUUCCUUUCACAGUCCUCCAAAACAAGAAGAAUGCCACGAAGUUCCCAUGGUAAAUCACAAUCACAUUUACAUUUUAGGCCUCAUCCAGAAUGCCACGAAUACUAUGGGAGAGGCUGUGUUCAGACCCACAAUGGCACUGCAUUAAAAAACCAUAAAAGCCUGUACUGGUGUGAAAACAAACCACGCCGAACAGUUUGAUUAUAUCUCAUGCCGACACAUUUUACAGCUGUUUACACUCCUCUGAGGCAAGAUUUUUACAACUCUGGAAGGAUAUGGAAACGGUUCUUUCCCCUCAUUCCUCUCUUUGUUUUAGAGAUAAACAGAACUAGAGAGCUUUAUUUUCAUUGACUCUUGCAAAAUGAUUAUUCUGGCAAACCCGUUUAGAGAUAAAACAACAAUUCAGGGAAAAAGUACCAGUAACUACAUCCAAACCUAGAGAUUUAGCACAAAAACUUUUACACUGAAUUAGUGCUCUGUUUUUUGAGACAGACGCUGACAGACGCUCUUUAAUAAGUCAGCUACUUGGAAGAAAAUGUGUUGAAUUAUUGCACAUUUGAACAGAUCUACAUUUUUUUUUAAUAUCGUCUAAGUGUUUCCCAAGAAGAGAGACAUCUGAUGAGAAAAGAAAGUGAAAAUAAGGACAGUUUAGUAAGUUUUGGACAAAGGACGAGAGGUCUACACACUUGCCUUUCAAUCUGGGUCAAACUGACUCUUUAUAGGUUAGAUUGUCGAAGGAUACGUGGAUCAUUUCAAAACAGAUCCAAAGACUAAGGUCUCCACCCCAAAAGGUAUCAUGAAAUAACCCCUGGGUGUCACCAGAUGAUUGUGGAUUUCUCAAAUUUGACCUUUUGUUUGUGCAAUAAUUUGCUCUGAGCUAUUUUAAACUGGCAAGUAUGUUUUGCUACUUGAGCGACAGGAACGUGAGGCCAGAAAUGCCAAUGAUAUUGCUUGUGUAGGUUGUGGCUCAAAAACUAUUUUACAUGAUCAUCUUUUACAAUUCACUUCUCAUUAUACCAGUCAAAGUCUGAUUCCUGGUCCUGAUAUGAUUUGGUGCUCAUAAACCCUCGUGCAUGCCUCAAAUACGAUCUUAAAAAAGGGUCGUUGGUGUUUUUUGUAGUUUGGUUUUUCGGAUACGGGUCCCUGCAGAUUGGUUAACUUUGGUCUUCUAUGAUUUGCAGCUGAUUUCAAAAAUGCCCAGGUGAACGACCGAGUAACUUAAAAAACAAGAACUGCAAGUGCAGGUGGAGCAUGAUAGACACUGAGCGCGGUCCCCGGAGCCCCACAGUGGCACAGAUCUUUUCAGGAUGUUUACGCCACUAAAUGGCAAGUUUGUGUAAAACGGAAAGUACAUACCAACCAAACCGCAGUCAACCCAAGACAAAUCCCAUUUCCAGAGACUCUUUGUCAUUUCCAAACUGCACCCUGCCAGUUCUAUCACAUCUGUCCCCACUCAAGCUUUUUUCACUCUAUUCUCCCAAAAUACAAAGACAUGUUUUCAAUCAGAGGAGCUGAAAGACAGUGAGACCAGAUUUUUGAAAUUAUUUUACUGCUCGAUCUGUUUAAGCAGAGAUUUUUACAAGCUCUCAAAUCCAACUUGAGUUAUCGGGCUACUGUAAGUGAGAAAAUAAGCCUUCCACAUUAAACUAUUCAUGAUCCACACUUAAAACCUCUAAAACCGAAAGACAAAAGGCUUUUACUCUCUGCACAGAGAUACGAGAAAACGCAGGCGUGAAUGUCAUUGUACUCCGAUAACUAUGGAUUCAUGCUUGUGCCACUGGACUACAAACACACAUUGUGUACUUUGCAAUGCAGCCGCUUUACAUGGCGUUUAAAUGGGCGGCUCGCUGGGGCAUGAGACCAUGAGAAACCCCUAACAUGAAAGCCGUCGUCUGCACACCAAGGAAAUUCUGCUGACACCUAAUCACAAAAAGAGAGGAGUGAAAAAAGAUCAGCCGGAGCACACAGCGAUCUCGGCGGGUUAUCUUGAGGGAGCGUAACCUUUGUGACAUUGAUAGGAUUGUACACAAAAGAAGGUGCAGGGCUCGUGCGUGCACCAACACACAGCAUUAGCAGGUCUUUCAUUAGCCUUCUUUAGGGUGUGUUUCUCUGGGCUCUGAAGCAGCAGAGGUGAUGGAUGUCAGCCUGCUCUACUCCUCUUGCCUUAAUGGACCUUUAAGAGACUGGAGUGAAAUUAAUGGGUAAACUAACCCCAAAAUAAAACCGGCCUCUUUUCUUUUCUGCUCUUUUUCUUCGGUUUGCAACCACAGGGCGCCUUAUCAGCAGCCCAUAUUUUACACACUGUAAAACCUGUCAUAAAGAUCUGUUUCUCUUUACCUCAUGUAGCUGCUCUGAGCUCACCCCUGCAGGAAGCUGAAGUCAAGCUGGAAGGUAACCAGUGCAACCAGUCCCCCCCCUCCACUCUCUCACUUAUUCCUUCACGUCUUUCUUUCUCCUCAUCUGACAGAGCUUUCUAAUGUCAGGCCAAACAUGUGAUUCCCUUUAACCGCAGCCUCGCAGCAGCUGAUAGCUCUGAAGUCUUCUCUUUGAGCGGGCAGCAGCAGCAGAGGCAGACGGAGACACAACUGUUUAUUUUAUUUACUAUCUAUAGAAGGCGUCUAUUUCAGGGUGAGGUGUAAGGCCGGCUUGAUGAGGUGUUUAAAUCAGGGGGGGGAUGAAGGCCAAGCUUUAUGCUCUGUGUGGGCUGCUCUGGACCCUUUUUGAUGGACAGGGUUUAACUUUUCCCCCUUUAGGGAGAACGAAAGAAUGAAGAGAGAGGUCAGAGUGAGUGCAAGCAGUCACAUUUGUACUGUACGAGAGAGACUUCUUAUGGGCUUGUUUCACGGGUACAUGUGCAGGGCAGAGGCUUCAGAUAGGGGACGAAUUAAAGAGUAAUGCAGCGCUGAGGCGGUGUGGAUUUUAAAGGCACUGUGAGAAGUUUUUAACUGUUUUAAAAUAACCUCACUCUUGUACUAAGUAUAUACUUCGGAAACACUUAAAUUGACGGCUAUCUCUAUAACGCAUUAUAGAUAUAUAUAAAAUGCGUUAUAAUCACGUUAUAGCACUGUAUAACUAUAUUUAUAAACACUCAUAAAUGAUCAUAAUGCUUGAUAACAGUAAUCAUAACACAUUAUAAAGCAAGGUCAGGUAUUAUUAUGUGUUAUGCUUAUUGUUAUAAAGCCUUAUGAUAAUUAAUGAGUGUUUAUAAUGAUAGUUAUACAAGUUAAUAAGCAAAUUAUAACACGUCAUAAAUAUAUGUAUAAUGCAUUAUUAUCUAUGUGGACAUUAUCAGUGAGUUGUUAACAGUUAUAACACAUUAUAAUACCUGACCUUGUAAGUCAUGAUGAAAUGAUUUAUGAUGUGUUAUGAUUAUUGCUAUAAAGCAUUAUGAUCAUUUAUAACUAUAGUUAUACAGUGCUAUAACAUGAUUAUAACACAUUAUACAUACAUUUAUAAUGCGUUAUAGAGAUAGGCGUCAAUUAAAGUGUUACCCCUUCAUCUUUUGUUGAAUCAGGUUUGUGUUGAGUCACUGUUGUUGUGAUGCAGAGAAACGCACCGGGAUCUUUUUUCGGCAAAUACCGUAUGCAACAAAUGAUCUAAUCUGUGAUCCUCGAUAGAUUCAUUACUUGAAGAUUUGUGCUCAGCUGCACCAGAAGCAAUUUAGCUAAUAGGCUACAAAUUAUGCUGUUUUACCUUGGAAUGUGCUCUAAUGCUUCCCAACACACGAAUAAUUAACAACCUGUAACUUCAAUAAAUUUAAGAGCAUCUUUUUUUGGAAAUAGUUCAGCUAAAGACAAACUGGUUAUUAGGAAAUAACUUUUUUGAACAGGUUUAACAAACAUUUUAAAGUAUGACGAACAGCUCUGUCAGAGUUGAGAGGGUGCAGGUGUUGUUAAGUAAAACCAGGCUAUUUGUGUCUUCUAUUUGCAAUCCUCACACUUCAAUUCCAGAAAUAAGCAACUUUUUCAACUUUUUUUUCCACAUAUUUGUCUCAUUAUGUGUUCUUCGUUUUACAAAAAACUGUUUUAAUCCUGAAGUUCAUCUCACGCAGUUUCACAGCUGAUUGCAGCCCCUCCUCUGUGCAGAGGCGUCAGUCUCUGGCUGAGUGUGUUGAGUGAAUUCCUGCUGGCUGUUUGUCCUCUUAUCUCUGAACCAGAGGGUAAUCACCGAGAUGAACACACACACACAGGGUCAUCACACUAACACACAUAGACACACUUACUUCUGCACAGUGCAAACACACAGGUUAUUCCAAUCAGGCCAAUUUUGUUGUGUCCCGGGUAGCCGCCACAGGUGAUGACUCAGGUAGACAAACAUACUUGAGAUCAUCAAACACACACACACACACACACACACUCACACAGUCUGAACAGUACAUGUGAAGUGGCGAUGGAUGUCAGAUUAGGUCUUGAUUUGAUGCACAUGGCUGGAGCUCGGACCCCACUCAGCAUCUCAGUCAAAACAUCCACACAGAGAUAAAGACGAGGAUCAGAGUGUAGUCUCUCCUUUAUCUCCAGGUGCUGCUCUACCUGUCUCCCCCCCUUCCUUCCCUCUCUCUCUUCAACACCCCUGUCCCCUCCAACACUCUUUCCAAGCUGCUCACCUCUUCAUUUCUUCAUGCAGUACGUCAUUUCAUGUGUGCAACCAAGUGCAAAAAAUAUGAAUGCCUUCCAGGAGUGGCUGUCUGAAAUGUGUGCCAUUAUCCCCAUAUUGGAAUGAUUAUCACGUCUCAGCUCUCACUAUGAUGACCGACUUUUCUCCUAACCUCAGAGUGAAGCUGAAGACUUUCACCUUUCAACAUGGCUUGACAGCAUCUCCUACAAAAUCAUGCUUUGCGCCUAAAUUGUCCUGUAGUUUAAUGCUAAAAUUGCCAGCAGAGAGAAUUAUUAUUGAACGGUUUCACUCCCAUGAGGGGCACAGGGAAAAUAAAUGUAUUUUUAUGCGUCUUUUCCAUCUGUUAUUCCUGCAGGGAUUUGGCUCAUCUUGUCAGUAGCAAAAGUGUCAAAAUAAUAAUGACUUAUCGAACACAUCAUGUAUGUAAAACAGUGGUAAUUGUGAUCGUUCAACUAUGAGAAAGGUCAACCCGAUGCACGAUGAGGCUUCUUUGUCUGCAAGUAGGACAGCUCUCGAUGUUCGUUGCAUUUUUCCUCCAAACUUGAGCUUUGUGCAGCAACUUCUGCCCAGCGGAGUCACAACAAACUUUACAAAACAGACAUUUAGCAGCAGAUCGGCGCAGCAGGACUGCAGGCUACCCAGCUGAUUGAUGGCCAAACAAUGUUGAAGUAAAAAUCACAAAAAAAACCAGCAGAGGCUUCAUCUCUGCCACCAUCCUCUCAUUAUUUUCUGCCUUCAUGUCAGCAAAGGUCACUCGGUCCUGACCUCUUGACCUCUUCUCUUCUUCAACUGUCCACAAAAGCUUCAGACGUCGCUCAUAUGAUCGCUGCCAACACCCACCACCCCUUCCCUCCUCCCACCCGUCUCGCAGCCAUUGUCUAAAUGUCAUCUGGCAAACAAAACGCCUGUUCAUACAGAGCCGGAACAAAACACAGCAUCCUUCAUUCACACUGCGACUGUCAAACAGUCCAAGAAGGGCUGCCACCUUCUCAAAAACCUGCCUGUCUCCUUUCUUUUAUAUUAGCGGGGGCAGAGAACUCCUCACCCCAGAUCAGAGAGAGUAUCAUAGCAAACAUGGCAGGGAUCCCGACCCUGAUACUCAUACUGUGUGUGUGUGUGUGAGCGAGUGUGUGAUUUGUGCAUGCAGGCUGUGAAAAAGCCCAUUGUGGUUGUGCGAGUGUGCCUAAUUAGUGUGUACACAACUAUGUCAGCCGUCCUGUGAUCUCCUCUUGUUCGACUGUUUGUGGGGCUCUAUUGUGAGCUGAGUGUGAACGCUGAGGGAAACGCAGAGAUCCGUGUGUGUGUGUGUGUGUGUUAUCAGAGACACACAUCAGCGUUCCUGUCUGUCUCGUUGUGGUCUCGUCUUCGUUUCACCCGCGAGCUCAGCGUCUCCGAUGCCUCUUGAUUUACGGCGGUGAGGCCCCGCCAGGCUCCAGGAUCGGGUGGCUCUGCUGCCCAGUGUGCCAGUCGGGGCCCAGAGGGGUCGAGCUCAGUGCUGUUGUUUACUUUAUGCCCUUUAAAAACUAAAGCUUAUGUCCUUAUCGACACAUCCAGGGCGAGUACUUUUCCUCCGGGUAAGGUUUCCCCAAAGGCACUUGAGAGGCUCUUUAAACCUUAUCUAAGAAUGAGUGUCAGACAACAGCUGCAUCAACCAAAAUACAAACAAAAAAAAGCACAAAAAAAAGCUGGUUGUACAGUGCAGUUUUCACAGAUUACACUUUUUAAGAUAAUCUUUUUGACUCAAUUGGUUUUUCAAAAGUAUUGAUUUCCAGAAUAAAAACCCUCUUGGCUGUCCCAGAGAUGAAUUUGAGUCCAGAGGAAUUUCUUUUCCUGUCUGUUUAGAGAUGUGCUGACAACUUAAGCCAGCACUAAAGGAUCUAACAUGUCUUCUGCAGUCUGAGGAAAUCUGAAGCUCCUCACAUGAAGUUCAUAUGUGAUUGUUGGACCAAGCGCACAACUACAUUACUUGAUACUCCUGGUUCAACAUUACUCCAAAAAACUGUGCUAACCGUUUUUGAUAAAUGGAGUUUUCACGCUAGUUUCUGAUCAUCCGUAGGUAAUGAAAGGAAACAGAGGGGAAAAGGAGACUUCUAUGUAACUGCUAAAAAAAGAUGGAUUAAACACCAAGAGACACCAGAAAAUGUGUGACUUUCAGGCCCGGUCCUCUGUGGGGUCCCUUUGUUAGAAAAUGCGGUGAGUUCAAACUGUUGGAAGAUUAACUUUGACUUGAUCAAAUGUUUUCUGUUCCCUCCUGCCCUGUUUGCACAGAUGAAAGAGUUCACUGAAUGGGCUUUGUACUGGAUGAGGGAUAAGACUAUUGUCUGGAUUUUUCAGUUUACCUCGUCUGUGUUUCUGUUGCUGGGUUUGCACCACGGAGACAAAUAGUCUGACUUAGUUUCUGUAAUCUUCUUUUAGUGCAAACAUUGCAUUGGAAAAAGUUUGUUUGCUGACUAAAAACCCAAUAUGGGGAGAAGAAAACAACAUUUCCAACAUAUAAAGGCUGAAGACUGAAUUCAAAAUGAGGCACGCUGUUGUGUAUGUCAUGCAUCGUUUCAUUUCACACAUGUUUAAGCUUUCAGGUAAAUUUCAGGAUAAGAUGCCUCAGAAGAUCUGAAGGCAAAAAAAGAAUUAAAUGAGAAAAGAUGAUUAAAAUUCUUUGAAAAUCAGCUUUACGUGGAUUUCCUGGUGUUUAUAUUAGCGAUCCGUUUGAUUCCAUGUAAGUCAGAUGAUAAAAAUCUUGUUUUUAAGCAAAACUUUUCAUCAGGAGAAUGUGUCUGAUCUUUUGUAAAAGGUCAAAGAUGGAUUUGCUUUUUGAAGCCUCACGCUGUCCUGUGUUAGGAGUACGGCGUACCCCGAGACAAAGCCACAGGAAGAUAAUGCAGAGGUGUGUUAUCAGUCUUUGAUGCCUCGGUACGGCUGUCUGAUUGUGUGUGAGAGUGUGCGUGAGUGUGUGUCCUGCUUUAUCAGCACACUGAGAUGUGAGAGGGGCCUGACCUUAUCACAGUGUCUCUGCCUCCUCCUGUAUCCCAUCCUCCCCUUGUGCUCUUAAGAUCACCAGUACAAACACACACAUGAACAAACACACACACCCAAACAAAGCAGAUCAGAGGAAACGCCCCCAAACAGUUCAAUACAUCCGUCAAUGACGCUCUUUGAAGGGACAGGAUUCCUGCCAGUGUUGGUGACUUGUCCAGACAGCUGAUAUCGAUAAAACACUGGACAUCAAUAAGGAGGCGGAGCAGGAUGGUCCCAUCAUUGACCUGUGGUCACACAAGGGUUGUUUGUUUGUGGGUCGUUAGUGGUUCUGUAGAGACUGAUGGUAGCAUGUCUGCACAGUGUCUGUGAUGACUCUGAGAAUUAGAUAAUACACCAAACAACACAAUCAGUCCCAAACCUAUAUUGAUAAUCGACGAGUCACCAAUUAUUAUUUUUAUUAGUCAUUAUCAGAUCAUGCACGAAUUGCAGCUUAUUGGACCGGUAUGUAGCCGCUCUAAUCCUGUGAGAAGCUCACUGUUGACGUUGAUGUUAGCAGCCAACUAGCCAAUUAGCUUACAGAUACGACUGUCCCUCUUCAUCAGAAACUGAAUCAGCCACAACGUGUUUUUUUAUUGCCGUCGGAAGGCAAGAUCUGUGUUGCAGAUUUUGCAUUGCACAUGCUUCUCUCUCCCAAACUUUUCAGCUCUGUUGUUGCCUAGCUAUGAUUCUGUUUGGGCAUAUCUUUUCUGGCUGACCUGGAUUACCACUACUGCUCAUGUGCAUGAAGGACAGACAGAGACAAGUGAGACAAGACAGCAGAAGGUACAGCGGCGGUUUUGAGAGAAAAACAAAGCUUUAAAAAAAAAAAAAAAAAAAAAAAAACCUGGCAAUGAUCAUUAAAUAAGUCACUGAUGAUGUUGAUAGUCGACGUCAUCGUGACUAGUCUACUAAUCUUGGCCCUAUAUAAUACAGUAUGAUACACUUGAUUGUCCUAUCAUCCUCCCAACUACACAACAGUCUCAAGACACCUCUUUUUUUAUACCGUUAAGUCAUAAAUAAACGUCUAGCAUAUAAUUCUGGGUAAUUUUAGUCAGUAAUGGUCCGAAACAUCACUCUCUGGUGCGUAAUAGCUAUACCUCAUAAAGACUAGUGUUGCUUGUGACAUUUUCAACCAUUACACAAAUUUACACAUUACAACACAUUUCCAACCAAGCUGAUCCACAUCAACAGGAGUUAAGCCCAGCAACACGCAUAUUUUCAACAACAUUUAACAUCACAAAGAUUAAAAAGCAGGUUUUGUUGAUAAUGUUAAAAACUGUGUAAAAUGAUCUAAUUGUUAUUUUUUUAAAAACACUGUGUUGUACUUAAUUUGCUGAGGUUAAUGCCCCUCUGAUGUCUCUGCUUGUAAUAGGACAUGUGGGCAGUGUUGAAAAUCUGCUAGCAGAGGUGAUUUCAAGUAAUAUUGGAUUAAGAGGAUUUUUUACAUUUGGCUUACUGAUGGGAUAAUAAGAUUUUGGCUGUUCUUCAUGAUCAGUAAAGUAAAAAAAAGUCACACUUAUGACAAGUCACAUGUCUAGGAGGACUGUGGAUAAUAAAUUAUUGUAAAGCCAGAGUGAAAAUGUUGGUUCAUUGUCUCAGUUUUAUUGUAUUUUCCAUUUAAGAUAACAUUAAGUCGGUUUUUCAUUUUCUAUGUCACAUAUUUGAAAGUACUUCAUAACAGUUUUUUUUUACCAUCUUCAAUCAUGACCGCAGGUAAAUCUAUCAAAUCAUAUUUUAAACAUGAGGUUCAACUUAAUAUUUGCUGAGGUGAUUUAAAUCAAACCGCUCUUCGGUCUAAUGGUUACAGUCAAUUAAAAUCCUCCUGUCACUGAGCAAAUAAAGGGCCUGAGCUGUGAAGUGCUGUGCAAACAUCUGCAAGUUCCUGUCUGAGUCGUUUAAAUAGAUGAAAUGAACAGAAGUCAGUGUACACACUUUUAGCGCAGCCUUUUCCCAUCUCAAACCCUCCUCAGUCUACACUUUUUCAGAUCUGUUUCCAUCAUCACUGCGUCAGGAUAAGCUUCUAGCUCAUGUCUGUUCAUCUCUGGGCCAUAAUUUUCGGAUUGUUGUGGUCUAACUUCUUAGAGCCGGAUCAAGUCUGCUGCAGAGUUUGAUUUAAGACCGUUAUAUUCGACCAACACUUCUCCCCAAGCCUAGCAGAAGGCCUUCAUUUCCAUCCUGGUGUUUGCUGUGUGGUCACAGCUCUCAUCUGUUUUCAAGCAUGGAGGGGAAGUCACUCUGUAACCCUCCUGCACGUGUGACUCGUUAGCUAACACGGCUAUUAGCCACAGCAGUUAAUCCCUUUCUGUCUGUUUGCUGAAGGCCCACUGAGAGACACAUAAAUAUCCUGAGUGGAAAACUAGAAGUGUGGACACGUGACUGCGGUCACUUCCUGCUCACCAGCUGCCAUGCUAAGCACUUUUUGGUCAUGACAAAGUCCUUGACACACCUCUCGAACACUGACACCAUGUUGCAGGAAAGAAAAGGGACGUUCCCAAGUGUCACUCGGUCUUGAUGAGCCUGAGAUUUACGGUGACCUGACCCGGGUAAGGCCAUCAUCGGGGCGUCUGGAAUUAUCCCAGGUUGACUCCUCCGGGGAAUGACUGCUAGAGGUCAGGGUGAGAGAUGCAGAUUUAUAUAGCCGGAGCUACAUGCUGCACAUGCUCUUUCUCCAUUUAGCUAAUGGGUCUGCUGUCAUAAUAAGUAUCCUUUCAGGGAGGAUGAGUUAUGGCCCCCAUUGUCUCUCUGCUGAAGUGGGUUGUGUGCUCCCUUCUUGGAAAGCUGAGCGAGCUGCAGCUUGUGUAAGCAGUGGCCUGUGGCUUCAAUGUCACUUCUCGUUGUUUGAUUCCUGCCCCAUGACCAAGACACUGAAGACACAGUACCGACUAACAUGGAAUAACAUAACAACUUUAACUGAUUAGAUAGUCAAGUUCAGCAUUUUUAGUCUUUAUUGCAUUUAUUUAGAGGAGAUAGUGGCAUCCAUAGAGAGGAAACCACGAAAGAGAAAAAGAGCCACUGGUCGGAACUGAACCCAGGCCGCCUGCCCGAGGACUAUAACCAUCGAGGGUGUAACAGGCCAAGCUGGCGCCCUGGCUGUUUAAUUCUGAUCAAAGUGUUUAUAUGAGUUCUUUUAAUCCCUAAUGGGCCAUUUUUUGCAAACCUAAUCUGAUUUUAAGUGGUCAUGUAAACCCUCCAUCAGCAAAAAAUCAUCACUCUUUCCACAUGCAGAGUCAAAAUCCUACCAGCUCUGUCAUCCUGCCAGUGCAAACACAUUUUCUAAAAAAGAGUUUCUGUCUUAGUCCCUCAACUCAAGCAUGAAGCAUUCUUCGUCAAUAUAUUUGUGACCGUAUUGGAGAGGAGUGAGUAUGCAGCUUACCUUGUGCACCAGGAAGAGCGCUUCUAUUUCGUAACCAUUCAACAGGUCCCUUAAGGCUUUCAAAACAUGCCACUAGCUAAAGGGCAACACACACCAGCCGUGUCACCUUGUGUCAUGUCAUUCGACGCCUGUAGCACACACCAGAUGUGCCAUUCAUCAUACGAACUACAGCAGCAGCAUGCCCUGAAUGUGAUUAAACUGCAGCGUUUUCCAGAUCAUCAACCUCUGAUUGGAGCAACACCGUCGAAUGACAAACCAAGAUGACAGGCAAGGGUGAGUGGGUGGGCUUACGAGAGUAGACCCUGGUGUUCUGAUUCCUGUUAUACAGCAAGGUUUUGAGUCCUAAAAAUGUAGAAGAUGUGGAGGAGUGGUUAAAAAUUACACUUGGUUUUGAUUUACGUGGAAAUAAGUAAGUCAAAAUUUCCCACUUUUCAAGACACACAUGAAAGUAAUUAUAAAAUAUACUUUCAAAAACAAUCAACCAAAAUUAACAUACCCGAGAGAUUAUUUUAGAUUAUAGUUGUUUAAUUGGUCUGUUCCUUCCCAGUCAAAGACCCAGCCUGAACAGUAAGUGGAUGUAAAAUCAUGAAGUACUUUCUUUUUGUCAGACUACAGGCUUGAGGCCUCUGAGUUUGGCAUUUUUGCCAAUGCCGUUGUGAUAUUUUGGAGCCUAAUUUGACAACUUUUGGCAAGAGGGCGGACGCAGAGAUGCCAAGCUAAGUGACUCACAUUGGCUGGGGGGACAACUUGAAGACAGCUAUUGACACCAAACUUCAAAUUGAAGCAACCGCACACUGAUGUGUUUAACAUUUCAGUCUUUGUAAGUUUGAUGUUCGGUUGUAAUGGAAAAAGUUAGACUUAAACAGUCACUGAUGAAGACCAGUGGUGUUGUGGAAAUUACUGCACAGGCACAAAAACCACUGUCUUUCAACAUUUAAAGGGAUAUUCCGGCGUAAAAUUAAGUUAGUCAAACACACCAUAACACAUCUCUUCAUGAAAAUACAAUCAGACGCUGAGGCGAAAAAAACUACCGCGUCUGCAGUGCAAAAUGAUUAAUAUGAUGACUAUUACUUAUUGAUCAUAAAUGUUCUUCCUUGAGCUGCGCCACCCCACUUUCGUCCGUGAUGGACUCAUAUGAGGUCUCCGUACAAACAAGCGGCUGCUGGAAGAGACUGGGUGAGUUGUGUUUGGUCUCUUUGCUAUAGAAAUCAGGCAAAGCUAAAAAGAUUUUUGGUGGCUAGUACUAUGGCUGGGACCCUGUAUGUACUGUUGAUGAAGUUAGGUGCUGUUCUGAGCAUUAUUUGUGGCUAUAGAGUGGCGUUUCGGUUAACGUUUGUGUAUGGCUCCUCAGACCACUGUGUAUUGCUGUCGUGCGGUCGUUACUGAAGUUGGAAUAACUGAAGAAACAAGCAGUCAGCAACAUUCAUCUCUCAAAGGGUUGUCCAACUCGGUGUUACGAUGUGUUUGACCCUAAAUUAAUUUUACGCCAGAAUAUCCCUUUUAAGGAAACAAAAAAACAAGUACUUUUCAGCACAAAUUUAUAAAAUUAAGUUAAUUAAAAAUGACUAUUUAGUAUCAAUUCUGAAAGCCGCAUAAAAUUUGUCUUACAGUACAUCAAAAGUAUGACUAACAAGCAAAUAGGUGUAACAUCAAUUGAAUCUCACACACUCAUUAGACUUUCACAUGGUAGCACAGGUUAGUUCAGUGACAGUCUGAGCCAAAUGCACAUGCAGUCCAACACCGAAGUCCACACAGUGAACAUCUGUGCCACAUUCCUCUCAGCCCCACACAAAUGCAGAGACAGCAGCACGGUAGCCUCCAGCUAACCCUGAAACACUGCUGAUUAGCAACGCCACGCUGGCUAACAGCACAACACAGUGUUGAGAGGAGCUAACAGGCCGUGCACUGUUGAAUGAGGAGCAGGUGUGCCGGAAAAACAGAAAACACACUCAGAUGCUUGUACAGGCUUACACAUAAAUGCAUUCCUCAUGUGCGACUAUAGAUUCAUCAUAGCCUCAUCAGAGGCACACACACACACUUACACAUGCAAAGGCCAGAUGGACGGUUAUAGAUCAACAUGGGCUAUGUGCCAGCAAACAGCAUGGUCAUUAGAGGAAAGUAGGCGAGGAGGAAAGACUACAGAGGAAGAAGGAAGUAAAAGUGCAAGAGGAAACCCUAACCUCCUGGGAUCGCUUCGUCUCUCAGGCUCCUUGUAUCACAUUAUGAGGAACAUAAAACUUUUUAUAGUCUUAGAUUAGAUUUUAACUUUGUUUUAGACCCGGUCUCACCCUUGAAUUAAUGUUGGCCUCUAGACAAGCAUUGAGCUGAUGCACCAUUCAGAAUCCACUGAGACUGAAGCUAAUUAAGUUCUUUAACGCGGUGUGACAUCUCAGGUGCAGAAAGGCUGAGGGAUGCUUGAGUGAAUGUAGGUUUGCUGCCAACAGCUACUUUUCUGCGGGAAUAAUGGAAAGUAUUCGCUUCACUUCUUUUUUCGGUGCAGAUAAAUAUGUCUGUAGUACAGAUUACUCAACAGAUUAUCCCACUCGUAUGCAAAGCUGGCUACAAACAUCCUGUCAGAUGUGCGAUUUCUCCGUCAGUUUUUAUGUAGGAUUUAGGUUUAUCAAGGUUUUAUCAUUUAUCACAUCCAGCAUCAGUUUCCACUUAUUGAAACAAAAUCCUCUUAUGAAAUCAAAUUGGAUUUAGCUGUUUGCAAGAGAUUAUGAACGACUUCAGUUUUACAGUCAGUUAUCUGCUCUGUAAAGAGGUGAAACACUGUAGUUGUACAGUAGAGGAUGUGGUUUGACGACAAAUGCCAUUGCUUUAGUGAGAGUUUGAGCUAACACAAAUUGCACAAAUUGCCUUCGUUAGCAUAAGAGUGCAUAUUACUGGUCAAAGGUAAAAAAACAUUUAAGGAACACAUCUUCAGAGAUGCUGAUUAGUAAUACCGACACACUGACCAUUGCAGCUAUGACGCUAAACAGCUACUGCUGCUUUAAUCUGCUGCCAGUGAUGUUAGCAUUAGCCUGACCAUAGACUGUACAAACCAUGAAUGUGGUCUCUAUAACACGGUUAAUAAGUUUUAAAACCUCUUUGAAAGGAAUGCUAUUAUGAUAUCAUUCUUGAAAUGCAGACUCUUACUAGCUUUCAAACAGCGCUGAGUUUUGAAUGCUGAUCCAACCUUAUUUUUGGUCAACCAUGCAGGUACAUAGAGAUGAAGUUGAGGUAGCCUUUAGCCUCGCUGCUAACAGCUACAGUGUCUUUCAAGUCAGCUGUGUCUUUAAUUUAGUAAAACUUUAGCUUAACAUCUUAAAAACUAAUUUUUAUGAUAAAAUUCACCCCCUGCUAAGUGUGUGGAUAUAAAAAUGAGCCACUCAUAUCAAAAUUGUCUCUGCUGCGGCCUGUGAAUACAAUUGUUUUUGUUGUAUAGGUGAGCCGUUUAGAAUAAGUGUGUAUGAGGCUUCCAGGGUUUUUGGUGCCAGCCUCAAGUGGACACUUCAGGAACUGCUGAUCUUGCACUUCCAAAUGGGCUCAUUUUCAACGGCAGAGGUUUUCACAUGCAUUUGUCGACUGUUAAUGCUAAUGGUAAAACAAAGUAAUAUAUUAGCUACACUGACCUACUCUGAAACAUCACAAACUUACAGUAAAGUCAUUUUAUCUACUUCUAGUGCUAAUUGUUAUAGUGACAGUAUCGGUGUAAUGUACUUCAUCUUUAGGGAUACAAAAAAAGUAAAUAGGCUGGAAGGUUUACACUUUCGUUAUUAUCAGAACUCGGUAAAUAGUAGGAAAGAUAUUUCUAGAAAAACAAGUUUUUUGUUUUUCUCAAGAUAAUAACAAAAAGUCUCACCUCUCGACUGCAAACUGAUCCUCAGGUUUGUAUAAGCACUAGAAUCUGAAAAUGUCCAAUACCCAGCCCUGGUAAAGUAUGACAGAGUAAAUUUAUUGCUUCAAUUUAUUUUUUAUGCCUCUCUGUUUUUGUGUGUGUGUGUGUGCAGUGUUUAUUUAGGUAGUAAAUCCCCAGCAGCAGGCAGUGGGGCUGUGUGUCAGGACUUACUCAUCGGUGUUUGGGGAAGGGAUUAUGAGGGAUGAGAGACCUACAUCCACACACAACAGGAUGAAGGAGGAACACUGAGAGAAAGAGUUCAUUUACAAACUGCAGGCGUGCUCUCCUGUCUCUUCUUUCUCUUUUGUUCCUCUGCACCAUUUAGCGAGUGCUUUUAUCCAAAGUGCCUCACCGUAUCAUGCGUGCAUACAUUUUUAGCGCCGGUAGUUCCACUUGGGAGACAACGCCAGCGCACAACUCUCAGCACCGCCACCCUGGCUGAAGCAGUGCUACGCUCUGCCAGUGGAGCUAAUGCAGGACCACACACUUCUUUCCUCCUUAUUAGUCCUUGUACCCUGCAGUCACUCCUGUAAGACAUUAAAGAGGUCUUGGUUCUUUUGAAAGUUGCCUCGGCUACAGUUACACUAAGUCCUCUGCAGAACUGCUCUAUGAUGAAAAAUAUUGACCUGCAAACUCACUUCAUCUGAGCAACAGGCAGUCUCUUAAAAUUUACUUGGAGGUGAACUUCAGCCCCAACUUCACUGUCUUCAUUCCCUCCCUCUCUCUCUAAUGGCACUUGUCAUUAAAUGGAGAAUCCAACCAUCCAUUGAAAAUGCUUACUUAACUGAAAAGUGUGACAUUUGUGUCUUUAAAUUCAUGGUUUAAAUCUUAUGAGGGAAAAAAUCUGUAAAAAGGGGUGCUGCUAGACUGGUCUGCCUCACCCUGUCUUGUUUAUGCACAAGGGCAGCUGCAUGCUUUACAGCAGUUUUGGAUAGAUCUCAGCUUUAGACAACAAAAAUGCUCUUUAAUGUGUCUCCAACUCACCAAAUUUUACAGUAAACAACUCUAAAAUCCCUGUCCAAAUUGGCUCAUGACUGGUUUUUAAAGUUGCCAAUACAGUUGUUUAUCUUUUAUGUUUUUGCGUCCCAUAGGUGGAAAGGGGUUCACUAUAGGCAAAGACAGUUGUCUUCAAACAAAUCAUGGUUCGUGUAGGCCAUGCUAGGUCAAAUCAAUCUAAAGUAAUUUGCACUUUCAGAUCUUUCACCUUGAAGUAGCUUUGGGACACCAGAUGAGUACUUGUGAGGUGCAGUUAAAAAACUCAGAGCAGACACCUUUGACCCCAUCAAAGUUCAUGGUGUCUGAUAUUGCGUGUGAUGGAUGGACGAAAAGCCUCGUGCCAAACAAGGUGUUAGAAAUGAAAGGCAUGAUCCCCUCUUCUCCGCCUUUAUCCUGCUUUUUCCCCCUCCAUCUUCACCAUCACUCUGUCGCAGGUCCUCCACAGCUCACCCCAGGCUGUCAGGCCCAAAUCAGGGGAACAGAUGGGAAACAAAUGGGUUUUGUCUGGCACACAUGAGGGAGGGAGAUACGCUUAUCAGGGCUUCAGCGGUGGGCUUUACCCAGCGCACCUCUGCUGCCCCGAGCCACAGCUGCCCCUUCAGCUCUCUCCCUGCCUCUUCUUCCUCUCUACCUGCCAUUUUAUCAGAGGAAUGUGGGAAUGCAGAAGAGACAGGGAUGGAGGGAAAGACAAAGAGGGAUAAAGGGGAAAGGAAGGAGUCCCAGGGUGCUGACAGGCCCUCUCUCCAGGCCGACACCUUCUUCUGAGCCCAGGCGGAUUAGAGCCUCAGUGAAGAAUCCACCCAUCAUCCCUCGCCAGCCCUCCCUCCUUCUCCUCUGCCUUUAACUCGCUACUGUCCUAUACUCCAAGGGGGUACAGUCAGACGUAUCGCAGCUGUCACACUAAAAAAAACCUUAUGCUUGGCACUUUGGUGAUUUUCAGCCGAAUGGAAACGGAAGCUGGCUCCUCAUGGAUUAAAUUAGAGAUGGUGCAGCAAGUUUCCUGCCCCAAAAAUGCCAGAGACAGGCCGGAGGAGGGAUGCCAAAAAUACUAUUUUUGACUUGGUUAUUGAGUUACACUUCGCAGAGCAGCAGACCCCCCAGAAAAAGCAUUCUGUGUUUCAUGUUCUCCUUAAAUUUUUGAUAAUCAUAUAAAGUUGUUAUUAAUACCCCAAUAAAAGUCGCUCAAGCUUAAAGAUGCGGUCUGUUUUGGAGAGUAAUCUAGAAGAAGUAAAUUUAGCAUGAAAACUUAAGUUGUGUUCAUAAUUGUCCAGUUUAUGUGCUUUACAGAUUUGAUAAAGUCAAGAUAUUUCUCGAUCCAACCUCUUGUUUUCUGUGGGAGCGACAUCAAACAGGGAUUACGUUUCAACCAAACUGAUCUCACUGAGCUUUGUUGUUGCGCCAAACAACAUUUGUAACUUCGCUUUGUCACAUUCUUUUGUGCAUUUCAUCCAUAGACUGUAAUAGAAUGGACGCCAUCUACCUCCUCGCUCCGAGAACAGCACAGUCUGGUCCCUCUGCCAGCAAAACUUAUGGAACUGUAGACAAACUUUAGAAAUAUAUUACAUAGAACAUACAUUUUUUUCCACCCUGUUUGCGAUGUUGACAUGUAGUUAUUGUAAGACUGGUUUGUGCUCAAGUCCUCUUUUUUUUCUGUACAGCUCCAUUUUUAAAAGUUAUUAGGAGGUUCAUAUUUUCUGUGAUUGACACCUGAUACAGCCUAUGGGCGUACAAAGAUUGUGUAGCUCACCUGGGGGAUAUGCUGUUUGAGCGGAGCGUCAUCACAGAGACUCUCGGCGACUCUCCCGCCGAAUGCGUACAAUGCUACUGCGCAAUGUUGGUUUCAGGAAAUGGAGAGGAAACGCGGAAUUACCGAGAGCUUUUUGGCUUCAAAUCCUUGGCAGAACCAAGUUGUCCAUAAUAUAUACAGUCUAUGAUUUCAUCCCCUUUAAGUAUUUUUCUACUUUUGUGUACAUCUCAGUCCAUGAAUCCGUGUGUGUGUUGUCAUCCACAUGGUGCUGAAUCAUUGGUUUUAAUUACACUUGAAGCCUUUAAGGCACAUUUCCUUUCUUCUAUCUGCUGUUUCAGAGCAUCCUUGAGACAAACGGUGACUCUCUGCUGCAGAAAUCCACCCGGGGCCGUUUAAAAACUCAUCGACUGUAAUAUCAUCCUAUUGUGCCGCGUUCACUGUCAACACCAUCCACUUAACGCAGCCACAGAUGCACAUAUCGGCCGUUGUUGGCACCAAAUGUGUGACUUGUCAUUUGUGGGGCGGUCCCACUGACCGCAGGGCCACCCUGAUGCUCUCAUCCAUUUACGGCGAGGCAGUGAGUGUUUCAGUCAUGACGAGAGGCCCAGAGGCAGAACUGGCAGAGCCUGCGAGUGUUUGUGAGAGGGGGUUAGUGAGUGAUUGAACGCAGCCCUCUGUAAUGUGUGUCAGAAGCAGAGAAUUGUGUCAGAUACUGUGUGAUAUGCAUGCUGUCUGAGCCUGCCGAACGAAGCCUCGCUUUGCCAGUAUUUGGUUUGUGUGUGUGUGUGUGUGUGUGUGUGUGUGUGCACAAGUGUCUCAGGAUGUGUGUGUGUGUGUGUCCCUUUGUAUGCAUACAUCUGUGAACUUUACUGCAGUGUUAAUGAGAAGCAGAACAGCCCGGAGCUAUGUGAGCGCGUGAUUGUGUGUGUGUGUGAAUGUGAGUAUGAGCUUUCAUCUCCGGUGUCAGAUCAUCGCCGCACAGAGAGGAAGCAGAGAGGUGAAUAUUUAUUCUAAACAGGGGAAAUUCCUCUUUAUGAAGACAAAUACAGGCUGAGACAGUGCCGAGAAGAAUUUCUGAAUUCGAGAGCGUCUCACAGAUUCAUUAAGCGUUAGUAAGACGUACAGCUUUUCCAGAUUUAAUUAUCUACGCCGUGAUAUUCCAUCUUUUUUGAUCUGCGUUACUUUUGAGAACAAUGAAAUGUAUACAAAGUGCCAGAGCAGCGGGGAUCGAAUGAUUAAAGAAUCACUUUAUCACCAGGAAACAUGAAAUGGGCAAGAAUUUGUCUUAAUGACUGUGCCACAGGGACUCUCUGACAACAGUUUACGCUGAAACAUAUGGCGUAAUCUAAACAGGAGCCUGCAUACAAUAUACAAAGGCAUGACAAGACGUACUGUGCCAUGCAGAGUAGACUAUACAUACACUGCUCCGUAUACAUAUUCAAUAUACUGUAAGAGUGUAAAUUCUGUGCUUAAUACAUAAGACAUAAACAUAAAGUUGACAAAUGUUUUCGUGCAUGAGCCACCAAGAAGUCGAUUACCUCUGUUCCUUCGUCUAUUAUCUCCUCCCUCCUUUCCUUCUUUCUUCCUUUCCUCUGUUCUCUCCUUGAGUGAUGAAGCCAGCCGAGCACAGCUGCUUUGUGACCCUUCAGAGGAGGGGUCUCAGCCUCCUCUUGGAUCCACUUUGUGCCUCUGCUCAGCCGGGGAGCCCAUCUGAGAGCGAGUGCGGCACUUGGACACGAAAGCAGACACUCGAGUGCAGGUGCCAGAAUCUGGACUUUGGUUUUCAAGAGGAAGUUUAAUCUCUUAAAUAUGUGAUAUGACUUUGAUAGCGCAGGAACCGGUUUAUUCUCAGGCCCGGCUUGUUCGGUGGCCAAACUCAUAAAUAAAUAUUACACUGUAGGUAUCCCUCUAGCAUUACAUCUGGAUGCUGCUCUUUUUGAUGAUUGCUUCAACAUCCCAGUCUGAGAAUGUGGUCUGAAGAGUUAGUAGAUGAGAUCAGUGGAGUCGAAGGUCAUUGUCAAACAGAUGGUUUGGACUUCUUUUACUGGGUUACCUUUUUAUGCUUUUUGAUGUACAUUUGUUAUGUCAAUAUAUAUCACAACGGCUUACUGUACACCAGGAUGAAUGAUGUAUCCCUGUAUCCUCAACUUACAAAUAGUGAAGCUCUGAAAUGUCAGCUGGCGAUGGAGCUUGUGGAGUCUAUGCUGUGGAGUUACUGUACUGACAUCUUGCCUCUCCUACUUACCAAAACACAUUUAACUUACUGGUAAAACUGCCUCAAUCUGGGACAGUCUAUAUAUUUUAAGGUGUAGAUGGCAUGAAACAGUGCCUUAACAGUAAAGCUGAGCUGCUCCAACAGUUUGAUUAGGAAAUUGAACUGGACUUCUGUCCUUCACAGCACUGGGUGAGAGUCUAUUUCUUGACUUUGGUAUGCCAACCUCUCUACGGAACCGUACCUUCACACUUCCUCUCUGCUUUUGUAAAUUUCUCAAAGUCUUUGUACUCUUCUUGAUCCAUCUUCAUUUCUUCAGCACAUUUAAAACAGAAUUCAAUCUUUGACAGUUAUAUUUGAAGACUGAUUCUUAAACUCUGGACGGUCAUUAUAUCUGUUUUUCACAUCCGUUCACUGCAUGUGCUCUGGUUGGUUGGAUCUUUCCUGAAUAUCUGCGGUUCUUGAAGCCUUCUCACACUUUUCCAAUUGCACAUUUUGGAUUAAUUGUUAAUGUGUAAGAGUAAGUCACCCUUCCUCUAAAAUACUGCCAUUCUUUGUGAUAUGUGGCUCAAACUAGACCCUCACAUCCUGACCUCCUGAAAAGCACAUUUCAGUAGUCUGUAAAACUCCUUAGCUCAUUUAUUUGUUGGUAAAACUGCUUUGAUUUACAGUUUUUCUUUUUUCAGUGGUUGAAAAACUAUCACAUCAUCCUUGAUGACUCUUUGUUACCAAUUGUUUAUAUUUGCAGUUAAAACAAAAUCAAAUGCACCAGACUUAGUGUGUGAAGUUUCUGUCUGAUGACCGAAGGGUGCUGGUAAAAUACUGCAAAGUUCUGCACUUCAUUUUUCAAAUCUUACUGAAGGUUGUGCAUUCGUGAUUAUAAUACAUUUAUUUUAAAGGUCUGAAUGGAUUUUUCAUAUUUGUUGCUUUUAUUUUUACUCACCCUGCUAAAAGGAAACAGGUGCAGGAGGUAAAAUAUAGAGGAGUGUCACAGUUUGAAAUGUUCAGGGGCUGACUAAAUUGAGAGUAAUCAUGUUUUGUAGAAAGUCAAACUGGGUAGUGAAGUUCUUUCAGGGUCACUGCAAUAGCUGGCAUUCAGUGCUGAUACCAAAACAGUGAGGAUUAUGAUGCUGUAGUUUUUUCAGAUAUGAUCACAGGAUCAGAGGGAGGAGGCAGGGACCCCGCUCUCAUAGGUAGAAAGGUCAGGGGGUCAUUUACAUUCCUCUCAUGUGCAGUCUGUCUAAAACCUGCUCCGCAUCUGCUGCCGGGCUGAAAAGAGCAAUGUUGUUUCUUCCAAUUAAGACACACACACACACACACACACACACACACACACACACACACACACACACACACACACACACACACAUCAACUCUCCUGCUGCUUUCUGUCUGUCUUCCUGUUGCUCUGUCCUCCAAGGUGUCCCCGUUUGUCCGUCUGUAUUAUUAUUAGACAGCAUGAAUACUCAGUUAUUAUUACUUCCACAUUUUGCACCAGCACAAUUAUCAAACCCUAAAUUAAGAUUUUUCAAUUACACAGACUGAACUGUGAUUGUAAACCCGUUUAGCUUUUCAAUUUUAUGGCUGUUAAUUUUUAUUCUUCCUUCAUGAUUGUGUUACUUUUUUGUCUCUGAGGAUGCACAGAUGAUUGUUUUCAUUCAGCUUGUGUGAUAUAUGCCACACCAUCAGUGGUUAUGUAAAAACAGACGGUAUAAAAAUGUGUCCCACGCUUCACAGAUUUUGCGCAAAACCCUUAAUGGGCAAAUGUUUUAAAGGAUAAAUACUGAAUACAUUUUAUUGCUAUUUUGUUCAGAUUUUAAUGCACAAAAAUAUAUAAUUUAUUCCAGGCUGUUGUGGUUGAACACAAAACACUUUGACACCAAGCCUGGAUCCUGUAUGUCAUAUUUAAAGCUCCAGUGAGUCAAGAUGUUCGUGAAGCAUUUUGGAAAUAAACCCUCGAGUCUCCAGGCUGCAGCAGCCACCAACCUCCAUCUGUGUCCUGCAGCUCGGGCUCUUGUCACCUGACACCAUCUGCAUGCUAACAGGCCUGUGAGAGGCUCUUCAGGCUGGCCGGCACACUCUGCAGAGCCCUGCUGCGCUGCCCGGUGACAAGUGUGGAGGGACGAGAGCCAGCAGGCACACAGGAAUGCCACAGACACUCAGUGCAUGUGUGAGUGUGUGUGAGAGUGUCAUUUCCAUUCCUCAAACAGGUUAAGAAAAGAAGCUCUGCACUCAGUAGGUUGUUGAAGUCUGUUCUGGUUGUUUUCUUAGCUUGUUUGCCUCUGGCUAACCUGUGUCUCUUUGAGAAUCUCAACAAGCCUGCUGAAAAAAAGGCCCUUCACUUCUUUUUAUGUCACACCAGCUGCCCCGUGGCUCUCUCCUCCUUAAGAGUCCAAAUUAUUAUUUAUCACGCAGAGACUUUAUUUCUGACUUGUUCAUUAGUGUCUCUUUGGUCCUGGUAAAACCCUCUAGGUAUAUGUAGAGGAAGACUUUGACCUCUUGUAAGAUAUUCUUCACGUUAAAUGUAGUGAGAGUCAGAAACAAUGCACUCAAAUAAAGCUUCUGUUUAUUAUGAAUGAACAUCGUGGACACCUGCCACAGGAUUAAAAAAAAAAAACACAUUCGCUGUUAUUUUGUUCCAAAAAUGAGGCCCCAGAGUACUCUUUGUUGUCCUGAAUAACCAUGAACAAAUACCCUGCACUAGGGGUGUCCCGAUACAACUUUUUACUUCCAAUACGAUACCGAUAUUGUAGCCUUCAGUAUUGACCGAUACAGAUAUUGUUCAGAUAUUGGCACAAGUUUUUCACUCAGCUGCUAUGUCUUUUUCGGAAUUCAACAAAAAAUGCUGCCACAUGGUCACUACUUACCACUUUUUUAGUACCUUAGUACACACUGUUGUUGUGAUUUUGUGGGCUCAACUUGCUGGAUCAGGGCCCUGCUAGAUAGAUGUGCUGGAGCGGAGUCUGGAAUGGACUGCUUGUAUCAGAGUGCUGAUAUCACAGAUUUUUAGAUGCAGUCCGAUAUAAUCCGAUAUUUGUGUUUUUUUUGCUGACAUGGGACCGAUAUCCAAUAUCAAUAUCAUAUCAGGACACCCCUACUCUGCACACACUUUUCUCCGGCCACUCUAACUUUUUUUUUUCUUCAGUGUAAACAGAGUUCGCAUGUAAACUUUAGGUCGCUGCAAAUGAAGGUUUUUGAAAACAUGCUUGAGGUGGAGAUUUUUGGAGGGCAGCAUGGUCAUUUAGUGUGGACAGCCAACACUACAGCUUUGUAUAGGUCUGCUCAGGACUGUUAGGUUUAAAUGACUAUAUACAGAAAAACUUUAUCAAACUUAGACAUGUAAGAACUCAAAGCAGCCACACUGAUUGAAGGUCUUUUUUACAGGCUGUUAAAUAUUCUGUUGAUAUAGGAAACACAUGAUUUUAUGUUAAAUGCUACUGCAAGGGUACUGCCAACAAUAUCUUGUCAUGUCCGGUGUUUUGUUUUAACCUGUAACCCUGUUUACUACCAAAUGCAUCAGUGGUUGUCAUAGUACAACGAAACUGCUACUUCAUGCAUUCAGCCACCAAUGCCUCUUUGUAGAAGUUACCAUUUUACACGGUCACACAUUUAACCAAAACACUCAUGCUCUCUGUGGACUGGAUACAUAGACUGGAUGUUUUUGGUUGAAGUGCUUCAGGCUAACUGUGUUUUACAGUCGACACCCUGUGCUGUGUACUCUUUCCAUUUCACCCUUUACUGAUCCCACACUUUGAACACUUACCGUAACUUCCUCGAGUGCCUUUUGGCUUUGGCUGUAAAAGUCUAGUUACUUGUGUUAUUUGAGGAAAAUUUCAGCUGUGUACAUGUCAGUUUAACCUGUGGGGAAGAAGGUUGAACCAGUAAUUGGUAGAAAUGUUGAUACCAGGAUGCAUCACAGUUUUGACUUUACUCUUUUGGCAGUUAGACCCGUUUUCUGAUGUUAGUUUGGUUUUGUUUAUUGACUGUUGUGAAGUAGGACACUUUUCUGAAAAUGAAUAACAUGUUACAUAAAUGAUGUUUUUUUUGUUUGGAGUUUUGUCCCUGUGUGUAUUGUCACUCAUAACCUGAGCCUAAUCAUCUGAGGGAUUAUGGGGAUUUGAGUCUGAAAGAGAAAAGGUGACCUAAUCGGUCUGUCUAUGUGUGACAGACGCAGCCUCGGUUUCACUGUCAGAUCGUCUCGUCGUAUGAAACCCAACAGGUCUGGACAUGUCACGCUUUUACCACACACACCCAUGCAGUCAGACGCUGUUUAUAAAAAGGGUUUCCAGAGACCUCAUCCCACCUCCAAAGACAAAUACACACCUACUCAAACACAGCGAACGGUCGGUAAAGCCACCUGUGUGUGUAUAGCGGUCAGGCUGGAGCAGUUUGCUUUACCUGACUGAUGAUCACUCAGCCUGUCAGAACAGCACAGAGCCUUUGUUAAGGUGGAUUAGCUGCCUGCAGGACCAGGUUCAGGUUACUGUGGGGUUAGAUUCAGCUAAAGGUGCACUCUGUGACCUGUAGGUGUUAAACUGAGACCUCUUCUCAGCUGAGAUGACCUGGCUCUGCCAUCAGACAGGUUGAAUGUGUGAGAUGACAUCUUAACUCUCAGCACACUGAUGAUUUCCUACAUCGCCUUCGAGCAAAACUGGAAUACAAAAGCCAAUAUGAAUGUGGGGAUAGAGGCAGAAUUGCUUUAUCUGGCUUGAUUACUCUGAAAUAAGUAAACACAUUUCUUCUUCAUGCAUCAUUAUUUAGGUUCAGUUCAACCUUUAAAAUGCUAGGUUGACAUCUAGCUCUCUUGUAAUGAGGAAAUCUUUAGACAUUGAGGAACUUCUCACCAAGGAUGAGGAACCAUUUGGAGUACCUCUGUUUUCCCAUCAUUUGGACAAGCCGAUAAAGAUUCAGCAACUUUAUUUUACCAAACAAAAGUAAUACAGGGACAUAGAGUAGGGCUGGGCGAUAAACCAAAAAUGUACCGAUACUGAAAUUUACGUCAGUAACUAACCUCAUUUUUCUCAUGUCACUAUAUUCGGUGUCAAAAAAUAAAUGAAUCAAUAAAAGUUGGUUUGGAUGUUUGUAGGAAGGCUAUGGACUCAUACUCCUUUAACACACUGUCCUAUGUCGGAGACAUGACUCCACCCGAUCCAGUCUGUAACAAAGAGGGGAAGACAGGUGAAGAGAUGGAGGACGGUUCAAAAGUUCAAGUUAAAAAGCAGCUGAAGUAGACAAAGUUAAUGUGGGAGGGGGUGAGCAGCUUGUGGAGUAGUUAUCGUCCAUUUAUCGUUAUUGAGAUGACCUGUUCAAUAUAUCAUGACACUGAUUUGAAGCCAUAUCGCCCAGCCCUAACGUAGAGGUUGGGGCUUGUGGGGCUGAACACGUCUGAUCAACACAGACUGAACUCUGUAGGGACAUGUCCCCAGAGGGUCACUAGAUCAAACUCUGUUGUGAACCAAAAGUGGAAAUUGAGACGAUAGCUAGAAAUGUGCAAGCUCCCCUUACAUUAGUCACCAGUCUCCGAGCUGCACAGGUCUGUCCAUGUGCACCGCCAUCUCAAUGACGUCUCUCUAUUAGUAGUCGUGCAUGUCCACGUGUUCCUGUUUUUUAAUGUAUUUUUACCCCAUGUGUGCUGCAUGUGUAACAGGGUGUAAAAAAUGAAUUUACCCUCAGGGGUUAUUAAUGCAUGUGCUCUGAGUGACAGAUGUGUGCAAAACCAAACCACAGUCGGACUUUCACAGAGUCUGAGGCCCCAAAGAGCUGCUCUACAAGUGGAUUUGAUAAAUGAUUAUUAACAGAGUUAAAGAGCCAAAUUUAGAAAUCUGAGUUAUGUUGUUGACUUUGAUUCUGCUUAAUUUAAUCCAGACAGCGCAGCGAAGAGUGAGAAUAAAUGUGUCUAAAUGUUUGUGUGUCUGUGUUUGUCAUGUAAUUGGCUGUUCAGAGCUCUCUGUUCAUGUAAUUGGCUGUUCAGAUGGUAAACACUAUCUGAGAAGUGUUGACUGUGUGUGCUCACAAGGUGGGCGUUGAAGGCAGAAUGUGUCCUGUGUGUGUUAAACAUGUGUUAGUGUGUACUUUUUUUCCUGAUUGAAGUAUGUUCACGGUGAUUUUAAACUCUGGCUCUCUAAUCUAAACUGGAUAUUUCACACACGCAGACGUUCUUCUUUCGCUUGUUGCUGGUCUUAAGGUCAGACAAUCAGCAGAAUCACUCGUCACACUUGUGUGUUCCUCCUCCAUCGGUGACUGAGGAACACGCAAGUGUUCUCUAUUUUAGCCCAGAGGCAAGUUUUAGCAGAUGAUUCAUCCGUGCUCUUUCAACUCACUGUGCUGAUGUUAACAGGCAGGUUUUAGCUUUCUUCCAAUGUGUAAUACUUUUUGAAAGGUGCUGCAGCUGCCUCAGACUCUGAAAUUGUCAAACGGAUGGCCUUUAUGAAAUAUUUGUAGUUAUGGCUCAGACUGAUGAACUUUUAUUCGUCAAGAUAGUGAAGGUACAAGCCUUUUUUUUUUUACAGUCAGUUUAAGUAAAGUAUAUAACUGCAACAUGUCUGCAGCCUCUGUCAUUGAACCUGGUCCAGCAGGCCUACAAAACGGAUGUGUAUGUAAUUUUACAUGCUUAAACUCAAAAGCAGAGGAAUCAUUCCAGCGUGCAGUGAGACAAACACCAGAGCUCCAAAUGUCUGUCAUAAAACUAACAGAAGUCACAUCAUGUUUUAAAUCAGCUCCUGUGUUGUCAAACACUUGCCUGUACAGCUCUGGCAGGGCAGUGUCUUAAAUGAAGUGUUUUGAGACAGCAGGAAAAAGGACCCGUAACUGCAGAAAACUACGUUCUUUACCGUGGCGAUGGGCCGAUGGUCCAAAGUGAUGACUUCAACACUUUCACUGUCAUCUUUUUGGCUUUUUCACUCUCACGUCCAGAGUUUGUGGUUUCAGCGCAGCAGCCUUUUCCUCUAAGGCUGUAGUGUUUGCAUGUUUAGUUUUUUGGAUGUCAUAUCAAAUCAAAUGCAGCUUAACUGCUUCUGCUUUGCCAAGUGAUUGUUUUGCAAAUAUUGGAAGUUGGACUGCUUCCUCUUUUAUAAUUUAAAAUUUCUUCCACAUUUCUGACUUUUGACAUUGCGGUUGCUAAUUUCCAAUGUUUAUGUUUUUGCCCUUUUGACUUUGAGGAUUUACUGUACACUGGUAUGUAGUGGUUUCUCUGGCUGUCUGUGCAUGUUUGUACUCCAGCAAUAAAGUUCAAGCUGCUGCUGGGGACCCACAUUGUGCCUUGUUUAUCACACUACAGUUACAUUCAGAUGAAUCCCAGAUACAUGGUUUCUCUUGGUUUGCAGAGAACUGUGUUCAGUUUACAUGAUCAGAGUGAGAUGCUCAACUCAAACUGCAGAUUCCCAGCUGAUCAAAAAUGCUAAUCUGAUAGUUUAGAUCAGGAUCUGGAAAGCACUUAAAGUUCCAGUAAGGAACUCUUGGUUUGUUUUGAUUAUGGCACCUCCUGUGGACAAAAGAGUCUUUGCUCAUCUUGUCCUUUACAUGCUCAAGUGGUUUCUUCAGACAAAAAAAUUAAAAUGUAAUCAGGCUGACUUUUGACUGUCGAAUAAUCCAUUUAAUAUAAAACAGGACUGUCUCUACAGCUGCACAGCUGACACCUCUCUCUGGUUUAGGCUUCAAUAGUCACAAUCUAAAAAUCAUUACUCUUGUUUGUUUUUGGAUAUCAUAGAAAGUUGUGAUCAAUUUUGGUCUAUAUUUUAGAGUUAAACCCAAAAGCUUAAAGGCUGGGUAAUAUGGGCACAAAAUCACCUGUGUAUUAAACCCCUGUAAAAAAAAAAAAAAAACAUGACGGUGCAAACAGUGUUGUAAUAAUUCAUGUGAGGCAGGACAAAAACAAGAACUGCCAAAUGAAUUCAAGUUUCAAUACUUUUUAGGGGUUUUAAUUUUCAUGAAUGAAUGUUUUACAUCAGUGUUCAAAGCUAACUCGAUGAGCAUCAGGUGAAAUGAUUUUAUCCCUCCAAAACCAACAACACUUCCCUCCUCCUCUUCUUCCUCCUCCUCCUCCUCCUCUUCCUCUAGCUCAGCUGUGCUUUCGUUGUGCUUAUCAGCAAAUACUGCUGUGCAAAGUUGCUGAAGUAAGAUUUUAAACACGGUAAACACUGUAUUUCAUCAUAAUAUUGUGGGUAAUGCAAGCUGCUGAUGUAAGUAUUCAGCUCAACUGACUGCUGUACCUCCUUAAAGCCUCUGAGUACACUUUGCUGCUCAAAGAGAUUACAAAGAUAUACUCUCAAAAGCGCUGCCGUUAUUUUUUUUCUCUGUUUACAUUCAGGAAACUUUUCAGCUUCCACACUUUCAGAUCCAACCAAAGUCUUUACAAAUGCAGUUAAACACGGUAGGUUCAUUUUUCUUUUAUUAGAUCUAUUUGACAAGAGGUUCGUGCAUCAUGACAAGUGGACACCAGGACUACACCCUGAUGUGAUUCUGCUGAAACCUGAUCACAGUAGAUUGAGUUACUGCCACGCCCCGCUCAAAUAACCGGGUCCUGGAUUUCUCUGUGAAACGCCGCUCCGCUAAUUAUUGCAGAGAUCGAACCUGCGGUUGUUUUGAUAACUGAGCGGUCUCUGCUACCACUAAUCUGCCCUCCCUCCACACGCUCAAACACUGAAGGACAGGAAGGAUGUACAUUAAGGGCCAAAGUACUCAAAGUCGUAAAAAGUAAUGACAGCGUCUGCUGAUGCUGGCGAGCAGCUCCAGUCCAGCAGUGUGCCUACGCUCCAUUAUUUGAAGACGCUGUGUGAGUGGUCGUAUCUUUUUACAACAUUCCUAAUGGUUAUGGAUGAAAAUGAUGGCACACAUGAUGACGCCGCUCUUUCCACAGGGCAAUAAUGGCGGUCACAUGCCAUUUAGGGCAGGGGGGGAGAGGUUAGUAAUAGCAGGGAAAGGACGGAGAGAGCGGAGAGAGGCAGAAGGUGAGGGGUUGUAUUAAAGCGAUUACAGAUGAAGGGUUAGGGUGGUGGCCCCGAGAGCGAGGGAAGAAGAGCUGGCAGGGAGAUGAAUAGACGGUUGGUAGUGUAAAACGAGCAGAGAGGAAGGGUUAAGAUGGCAGGUUCAGCCCUGCUCUGCUCCCUCUGUCUCCCCAGGGGGUAGAUGAGAGAUGAGGAUGCCUGUCAUUCAGUGAAGGGGAGUAUAUUUAUCCAACCCUCCACCCCACUACGUCUCCACUGACUCCCACUGAAUACAUUUCUGACUGUUUGAGCUCCUUUCUCUCUUUCCUCCUUUAGAUGUACCAUUGACAUUUUUUUCUCCCCUCCCUCUUUUCUCUUUUUCACCCUUAUUUCUCUCUCUUUCUCUCUGUCUCUUUGUCUUUAAACUCCCAUUGUCACUGAUCCGCUAAUCUGCAAGUGUAAUGAAAUCAGUAUUAAUAUGGGUAAUUUUAAGGAAGUAACGUGCGUCAUAGUUGGCAAAGCUAUCAGGGAUCAUUAAUCAGCAAAUAAAAAAGUCACUAAUUUAGAAACCAAAGGAGUACAUUCAAUGAAUUCUUUGUAUUCUUCGGUUUUACAGCGCUUGUCCAUACAUGGAGGUAAAGCCUCAAACGGGCAGCAGUCUGGGUUUGAUUCCAGCCUGCAGCUCCUCUCCUGCAUAUCACUUUCCCCUCUUUCUCCCCGUUUCCAGACCACAAGUUAAAUACGGUGAUUCGAGUUAAACCAGGUCGAACAUAUAAAACUAAAUCUACUUUCUGACCAUGUUCACCACUCACAUAUUUUGUCAAAUUCCCAGAUGAACUGCUCUGAUUGUUUCAGGCUGAAAACCCUGUACUCGUUCUGUAUUUUGGCCUCCUUCCACACAGUUCAUACCCUGUUAGAGCUCUGUCUCUUUUGCCAGAUCUUGAUUUCUCUUUUUUUUCUUCUGACCCACAAACAAGGACAGGCGCUGACAGUGUCGCCAGCAGCUGUCAGGGUGAGACGGUGAGGAGAGAAGUGUUGUUGCGUGUUGAAGUCUGAACAGCAGGCUAGUAUCUCCACUCCAAUAACAAUUACAUCAAGUGGUGUGUUAAAUGAGGUGGCCCACGGUUCAGCGGCUGGGGCUAAUCACUGCAGUCUGCUCCCUGAAACACGGCCAUAAUGACGGGCAGAGGGGAGGAUUGGGUUGCAGAGAAAAAGCUUAAUUUAACCCAGGUGAAAACUGCACCGUUGCAGACCGAAUGGUGAUAAAAAAGAAAAUCUAGACUAUAAGAUCGUCAGAAAAGAGAUACACAUCUGUCUCAUGUCUACUAUUCUCUGGCGAGGUGUGGAGGCGAAGCAGCCGCCCGUCGUGUUCUCAUAGAGGUGGAAACCGGCCCGCGGUUAGGUGAUCUAUCAACAGAGGCUCUAUUCCUCCUUUACGGCCCUCUCUAUCAUCACAUCCAGGCAGUAAAUCCUUCCUCAAACUGACACGCAGCUGCUGACAUGUGGUUCCUAUCUGAUGAUUUCACAACUGGCCCAGACUCAGCCAAGGUGACGCUCCACUCGGCAAAGAAGGGGCUUGAUAGCUGAUCUGGGGUCAGCGGAGAAGUUCAGAGAGGAGAGGGGAUAUGUGUCAGGUGUUGAUAAAACAUCGAUUAUGGAUUCAAUGUGGAUGUGACUUUGUUGGAACAUUUCGACGUUGUGUUUCUGUAUGUGAGAGGGCUCGCUCUGCUUUAAUGCUAAUCAGCUGUUGGACAGCAGCUGGUGGUAUUUCUUUUGGCCUUCGUCCGCUCUGUCCAAGCAGCCUGCUUUGUCCCAGAGCAGACCUGCAGGUCUCUGUGGCCUUUAGCUCAGAAUAAUGUGGGCUGUGUGUGUCUGCAGAGUGGAGGGGUUUGUAUGUGUGCGUUUUUUCUUAACUUUUAUUUAUCCAGGAAGUGCAACACCCUCGCUAAGCCACUUUACCGCCUUCUAAACCCUACUGCAAAUGUUGCAUGCCGUUUGAGUCCAGAAAGAUUGAUCUAGUUCAGAUGUCGAUCACCAACUUGUUCUGAUGAUACAAUCACAGAAACUACGCAUGAGCGGUGCACAGAUCAUGGUUAGUUCCUCUCAUUUUGUACAAUGUGUGGGUGGGGUGGAAUUUCUUUCAAGGUGCUGAAAACAUAUUUUACUGAGAAUCAUAAAGUCCAGGAAAAACACACAUCUACGUUACUCUGGAUGAUCGAUGAAUCACUAUUGGAGCCGUUUAGAGUGAAAGAAAGUCAGAGAAGCGUAUCUGUUGAAUCAUUUUGUAAAUGCUAAAGAUACAAAACACUCUAAAACUGAUGAAAACUGCACACUUAAGGUGAUUGAAAGACUAACCUUUACAAAUACACAGAGCUGCAUGUUAACAGGCCGAAGCUUUACUGGCACUAAAACACUAGUCUGAUUAAAAAUGAUGUUUCCACUCUGGAGGAAGGAUUUUUUUUUACCAGCUUUAACUUUUCAGUGUUCCUUUUAUUUGGUUUCCUCAGAUUAGGUUCAGGUUCAGGUUAUUUUGUUAAUACCCGAAGGUAGAUUUGUUCUGCAGUGAAAUAAAGUGAUGAUGUCCAUUUAUACAAGUUACAGUACAAAUAUAAAAACAACCACAGAACAGAACACAUGAUAAAAGCACCGCAAGGCUCCCCAGUCAGGACACAAGAGAGGGAGAAAAACGCCAAUACAUAAAGAAAUGCAAAUAAACAACCCAAAUAAACAACCUCUGGAUACAGACCAAGGUUAAAAACAGGCUUAAAACCAACAUAAAUAAGCAAGUAAAUAAUAACUCAGCAGUUUGUGCUAAUCGUGCAAAAUUAUGUGCAAAAUCUCUACAACUUAGAGAUCUUAUCUUGGGUGAUUAAUAUUAUAUAAUGUACCUGUCUACCAGUGUUAUAGUUCAGCCCACAGUUUUAUCAUCCCAAAGGACACUAGUUAAAAUGUUUAAAAUAUUUAGUUCAGUCGCUGUUGAAUGGGUGAUGACAUGGAAUCAAAUGAACAACCCUCACUGUCACCAUCCUUAAAUGUUGAGCUCCUGCUGUCUCUUUCUCUCCAUACAGUUUGUUGAUGGGUGUGUCUGCAGGUGAUGAAUGGAUGUGAAUGUUUUGUAAUCUUGGAGUACCUGUAAAGUACAUUUAAAGUUCCACUCCGAUCUUUUUUUUUUACUAGUUACAAUGUUCUCACUGGUCUUUAAAUUGUGUUUUUACCAAAAAUCGCAUUACCUGUGUCGUUUUCAAGGACUUUUCUUCAUCAGAGCUUCAUCUGCUCAUUAGCAACUCGUCUCUGAGUCAUGGGGGGAGACAGCGCAGCUCUGUACACUUAACAUUAGUACAGCCUAACGUUGCCAGUGUAGUAGAAGCGGCAAGUAACACAGGAGGACACUAAUAUCUUUGGGGGCAUGAUGAAAGUAAAUAUCAUAAUUAGCUUUCUUACGAGCAUUGCAAUCCGCUAACACACACGCUUGUUCUGCGAUCAUCCUCUCUAUUUCUCCUCUAUGUGCAGAGUGUGGCGUGCAUAGCUCGGCUACGGGGGUGGAGCUUGGAUUGGUUACAUAUGAAAUCUCACUGCUUCUGAACCUGCCAUUUAGGUCUGCCAGAAAAUACUCAGAAAAGCAAUCUUGCACUUCUUUUUCUCAUGAUAUGUCCUGUAGCAUCAGAAUAAUGCCAUAUGAACAUAUAAAAAAACAAGAAAAAAAUGAUUUUCAUCGGAGUGGGUCUAUAAGCUCUGUGGCAGUGAGAAAGUGUAGCUGAAAAAGACAAGGCAUCUCUUCAGCCAGUGAACGCCUCGCACUGCGCAGAGUAUGUGAAGGAGUAACACGGCUCCUGCCGGCGCUGACACUGGAAUGCUACAGGCGUGUGAAUAAGAAAUACACUCUCUUAAGGUGGAGCAUAUGAAUCUGAGCCCUGGACUUACAAAGGCGGCGUGUUGUGAAUCCAAUCCGAGCCUCUCUUAAGGCGGUAUGUGAAGAUCUGAGCGAGCACGAUAGUUUGCAGGCUGAUGGACGAGUCUUUGACAGACGUUCUGUGUCAAGGGGAGGGGCGGAGGGGUGCGAUGGGGCCCUGUGAGGGCAGAUUGAGGGAACCAGGUGGUACGGCUCGGUGCUGGCAUGCGGGGCACUCCGAGGACGCUUCUAUGUUUAGCCCUUACAUGAUGUUACAUGUGCUGUUUUUACUGGGCCUGCAGCGGGAUGUUAGGACAGAGCUGUGCCUCGCGGGUAGAUCUCCUCCUGCAGCCUUUUAUAUUGGACUCUUCAGACCUCUUUUAUUGGCUCUAUGAUCUAUGUUUCCAUUCACUGCUCAUGUAUUACACAUAUUGUAAUCCUACAAAGUAACAGACAAAAAUCUAAGUUCAACAAAGUUAAACUCAGACUUCUCAUGCAUUUUCCUGAAUCAGUCUUUUGACCUGAAAUGUUGAGUUCAGUUCCCUCCUCAGAGAUCAGUGAAAUCAUCAAAAAGCAGCUUACUAACAGACUUCUGAGCGUGCUUCGUGGUUUAAUACGCUGAGUCUUUAAUACACGUUAAGCUUAGUCUUGGUUAUUUCCUCUGAUGGUAAUAAAAACAAUGUGAAACACAUUGAAGGUUAGUAUCCACCUAAGACCCUUACCCCAUAAAAAGCUGUAAUUAAACAAAGUUACAGAGCGGGCUGCAGCCUUAUGUAAUGUCACCAGCUCUGUCGUAAAGUGGCAGCAGAGUCAGUCAUAAUUUUUUAUGUUUUAAAUUAGAAACCGACUUAUCAAACUGAGAGCGCAGAUGGAGAGCAAACCAAAAGUGACUUUUGUGAAUCUGACAGAGGCAUUUUUCCCCGAUUCAGAGGAUUCAACUGAGUCAGCUUUGGUUUCAAAGUUAAUGAGGCAGAUUGAUUUACGAACAUGUAAUUUUAUCCAAUCCAAUUUGAAUUUGUUUUGGAGUGUGACUGGUUUAGUGCUUCCUCCUUACGGAUUUAUUUUAUUUUUAUGGCAAUUUUCUGCAGCGUUUUUGUGGCUGAUCCCAUAUUUUUAUUGUUUCCUGACUGAUCUCUCAGACCUCUCCUCAGGGGUAUCACAACACAGCAAAGGCUUCAUACAAACAGAGAUUAAUCUAACAUUUUAUCUGAUCUUAUCUUAUAACAAUGUUUCCUCAACAUUACAAUGUGAACAAACUGCUUUUUAGACCAAUACCGUCCUUUUAACCAUGACAAAAACAUGUUUAAAAUGUUGGUUUCAUCUUUUUUUGAGUCGGAGAUCGCUGCUAAAUAUUUGAUAUUUACAUUUUAACAUCCCUGAACAUAUUACAACUUAUUUUUAUUAUUCUUGCACAGAGCACAGUGAGUGAGGAUGCUAUGGAAAUGAGGAAUAAAAAAUAAGUACCAACAAAGUCUGUUUUUCCUUAGAUCUCUUGUGAUUCACCGUUUAAAAAAGAGCUCCAACUACUCACACAACAAGUGUUUUUGCAGGAGAUUCUUGAGGGACCACCGUGACAUGUUGGUCACAGCGACCUCUGCAAUUAUAGAGAAAUUAUAGAGGUAAAAGUAGAGAAAAGCUGACAUGUUGUUUAAGCAGACUUUCUCUAAUUUUUCACCAUGAGAUGCUGUUUUUCUGGACGUUGUGCUACAGGAUUAGUCUGAAAAUGCCCACAGCUGCCUGUCUUGAACACAUGACCCUUGCCUGAUAUGGCAUAUUAGCCUGUUGAGAGACUCCCCUCUGGUCUGAUCGCCUGCCGUGUGUGGCUCUGGGUUUCCUUUUUUUUCCAUUAGGAUACAUGAAAAGCAUUUCUCACAUCUGGAAGUUUUUGCUCUUUCAUGUCUGCUUUGUUUGGUUCUCUUUUUAAGUCUGGUACUGCAUUGGGAGCCGUUAACCUAAUGGGACCCAUUGAGACUAAGUAUGUGAUAUUGUGCCAUACAAAUAAACUGUCUCAUAACUGAGGACGCCCACACACACACACACACACACACACACAAACAAGCACACUCACAGACCUCCUUGCUGGGAUACAGGACCUAAGGGAGGUUUAAAUCAAGGAUGUGCUCGCUCCCACUCCCUUCCUCCACAUCCCUCAAAUUUUCUCAAACCAUUUUGGCUUCUUCUUUCAUUUCUCUCACUAGUCAAUCACUCUCUGCCACUUUCUACCCCUCUCCCUCGUUCUCUGUUUUAAACCUUGAACAUAAUCCUCUCUCAUCCCUUCUUCUCUCCCGCCUCUCUUCUCAGAACACAACAAAUUUUUUCCAAGUCUGAGUUUUUGGCGUUUCACCAUCUCCCCACUGAACGCCUAUUACUGCACCACGUCAGCUCCACCACACUUUGAUGUGUGUGAGACCUCACUGGUGGAUAAGUGCUGGUGUUCUUGAGUGUGUGUGUGUGCAUGUGCUUAUGUGUGUGUGUGUGUGACAGUUUUGGGGCGAAUGAUUGAGUCCAGACGUUGCGGGUUCCUCUCCUCACCGCCAAACCCCCUCCUCCCAUGGUUGUGGGUUCAGAGUGUGUUGGGGUUGGGGGUAGGCGGGGCUGUGGGCUCCCUGGAGUGCAGUAAAGUGAUAGGGCAGCACAGGGGGCUCGGAUCAACCUGGGGAGAAGGGUCAGGGGUUGGGGUCUCGGUCCUGCAGAGAGAGGAUCAGGGUUGUGUUUGUGGAGCAGCUUCAGGUGGAAACUCAGGAUUUUUGUAUUUCAGACGCCCGUCUAAAUCUAUUCUUUGUGUUUACUGCUGCCUUCAUGGCCUCAUUGUUGCAUCAAUUUCCUGUCCUGUUCACUGAUAAACUCAUUGAGUACAUGUUUGGCUGUCUUCUGGGUCAGAAUGGCGGAUCAGUAGGGGCCCGAUGAUCUCUGGGGCAGAUUGUCAAACACCUCACACCACGAAGAAAUCGGACCAGAUAAUCUUUAGAAACAUCUAAAAAUCAGGCCUUUCCUGACUUUGGUCAAACCGAAACAAAAUCCACUUGGAGCGUGUUUCCUGCUUUAGUGUAUUUGCUCACACUCAGGUGCAGAUGAGACUUAAUUUGAAAAACUAAAAGCACCUGAUGUUUGCACACUGGCUCAUUUGCAUAGCCUAAAGGUAGAAAGGUGUAAUACGUCUGGUUAAACUGGAUCACUAAAGGCAAUAUUUCUCACAAUUUGUUGAAGUGUUGGAAUUUCUACAGCUUUCAACGACUUCUUCCAAAUUAGUUAUAAACAAGCCAUGGUGUAAAAAUGGGACACAAAUCUCAGCAGCGAUAAACUCCAAAGAUAUGAUAUAAAUGAGCAAAAAGAGGGUGGAGAUAACCCUCAGCACAAAGAAGAGCUCAAAGUCAACAAGAAGAAAAUACAGGAUUGAAUGAAGCUUGAAGCAUUUCAUGGGAAAUUGAGUUUUUCAAAGAGACUUCUUAAACUUCACCCUCCGUCCCUCAGCAGCUCCUAAGAUAGACGACAACGGGGUCACUCUGUCACCUGGACUCAGACACUGACCAAACACUGGCUCUGGGGCUGAAUAAUGGGCUGUCACUAACCCCUGACCUCAGCUCAGAGUCUAAGGUGUCAGAUCAAUAUCAGCCGAGCACGCUGAGCUGCUCUUCUGCAGGGGAAGGCAUCCUGGGAUACCUUCAACUGCUCGCUCUGACUGUGCUCUACAAGGACAUCACUCUUAAAGUAGUUUGAUUUGAAACAGUAAAAGUUCAAACGUUUCAGUUUCUCAAGAUUUAUUGACAUGGAUGUGCGCACAGUAACGGCGCGUGUGCCAAUCACUGCUGCUCAGCCUUAAGCAACGCUGAGUCAUCAGAAAUUAUAACCAGGCUCUGCCAUUGGAAAGUGUUCAUGUCAGAGUUUCACAAAGUGAUGAGCUACAAAAUCCUUUUUUACAACCCUGAUCCCCCCAAAAAGCUCAUACACUAGUGAGAUGUUGUUAGAAACAGAUUUUGUCUCUAUGUUUGUUGAAAGGAGGUGCAAAUGCCACAAUUUAAAUAGUAAAACAAAAAGUAUAUGCUCAUUUUAAAUAUGGUGCUCAGAAGUAAAGUAUAGUCCUGGUGCUAAACAGACCUGCCUACAGUCCCAACUUGACAGCAGUUUGGUUGACACCUACCCACUCACCUGUUUCUGACAUUAAAAGUUACAAUAUUAAAUUCAUCCAUUUUGACGCUGAUGGUCUUUUGGUGCUAUUGAUGAUCUUAUAAUGGGCCAUUUAAGGAAGAGUCAACAUGUCUCUGUACCAUUGGCAUCAAAUUUGACAUGAGAAAAUAUUUUUCAUAAAAUAAUAAAUUUUCCAGUUUUCCUAUUUAAAAUGUUGUCUUUACACUAUUUUGUUUUUAAAAUCAAAUAUAGUGUUUAAAUUCUGCUUUUAAAAUCUUUUACACAUCAUCCUAAAUUUUGGGAAUUUGGGUUGCAAAGGGGAGUUAGUAUAGAUAUCACACAUGAAAACUUAGUAGUGAUACAUCUUUAUCUUGAUUAAAAAAUCAGUGUAUUAACUUGGCUGUGCAGUUAUAGUUUGCACUGUUUUAAUACAAAAGUAUCCCCCCUGCUAAUGUCAACACUCACUGACGAAUGAAGCAUGGGUAUCCUAUACUUGUUAAAAACUGCAGAGCUUUUACUUUUACAGUUAGUUUAUAGAACGACAUGCAUAAUCCAUCAUUUGGAUUUAAGUCACAUCUGAUUCAAACUGUAGUAUCAGGAAUUAUUGUAGCAUAGGUUUUAUCAUUUUAAACUUCCCAGCUGCUUAAUUUAUGUACAUAAGACCCAAAUUUGCAAAAUGAAAUUCCUUUGUGAACGUGGGUUUCCAGUGUUUUUAUGUUUUAAUAAUAAUGUUCGUGCAGUAUGCCAUACGAUUAUAACAAGAGGUGCUAAAAUAGAUCCAGAACAUCUGAAGCUUUGAGGAUUGUUACUGACUGACGGGAUGCAUUCUAGUGUGGUUUUUCUAUCAGGUUCUGCUUCAGACCUCCUGCAGUUAUAUGUGGCAUUAAAGCUGCCAGAGGAGGUUAGGGUGUGUGUGUGUGUGUGUGUGUGUGUGUGUGUGUGUGUGUGUGUGUGUGUGUGUGUGUGUGUGUGUGUGCGUGUUUGUGUAUGUGUGCAGGUAUGAAUGCUAUGUGUUGGUUGAAAGCAUCGAUUCAGUGGUCACAGAAAAUUUUAUUGUUGUAAGUUGUCGUCAUGGUAACCUGAACAACCAUGUUCUACACUUCAGGGGUUUAUGACUAAGUCUGUCGGCCCCAUGGGGUGUAACACUGACUGAAUGACAGAGUCCUGCUGUGUGUGUGUGUGUGUGUGUGUGUGUGUGUGUGUGUAUGUGUGUGUUGACUGACACUAACCCCAUACUGCUGUUGCUGCUUUGACCUCCCUGACUCCAGAAUAGCGUUGUCAGUAAUUAACCUGCUCUGUCCAUGACAGACAGAGAGGACCAGAACCACAAAUAUUCAUCUUGAAGGAACACACCACUCAACCUUUCAGUCUUUUGCCUGUGCAAACAUACAUGAAAAAUCCAAAGUUGACAUCGUUUUUUGUUUUUUUUAAAAUAGAUUCUCCCAACUGACAGAAAAUCUUUAACUUAUUGCAAUUAAUGAAAAAGCAGAUCAGUGUGAAAAAUUAUGAUGUGAACGCCAUUAUUAAAUCAGAAGUUUCAAAUUUUAAAAUAUGUGUCGAUAAGUAAGUGUCAAAAUGAAAAAAAAAAACUUUCACAAAACCCAGAUUUUGUGGUUUAUAUAGAGAACACAACUUGCCUUAUAUGAGAAUAAAUGAUAACACACUGUAAAGUAAAAAAAAACUCUUCCAAAAGAUUUACAUUAUUAUAGUGUACAACUAAAAAAACACAUAACAAGAAGUAAGAAAAGAUAAGUUAUAACUAAAAAAUAGUAGUACAAAAAUACCACACUAAUGACAAAACUUUAGAUUAACCUUUAAAAUGAUAACAACAGCAAUAACAAUAAUAAUAAUAAUAACUACCUUUAUUUAAAGGUACAGUGAGGAGUUUUCAUACUCUGUUGAUUCUAGUGACCCCUUUUGGAAACCUUCAGUGAUUUUCUUUGAUGAUUGCGUUUCCCAUGAGCACCAUCACCUUCGGUGGCAAAGCUGUGGCUCAUGCCAGAGCAUCUAUUUGUUAUGGAAGCAAAUGAAUUAAAUAUAAUCCUUCUUAUCUCUGUUGGAGACAGUCGUGUACAGGAUUCAGAGUGAUGAAAUAAUGCUAAAUUAUUAACUGUAACUGCAGUGACUAAGCUUUGUAAACUCUGUUAUUGUUAGUUAGCUAUGCAGAGGUGACCACGUGUCCUUUAGUGCUCUCUUAGAUCUAAAGUCUGCAGCAGUAAACCUGAUGAUCUGAGGUCAUCUGCUUUAAGAUGUCUUCAGAGUGAUUUUGGACGGGUCUUGGAUACUUUCUAAGGGGGAAAGAGAAUACUUAACGCCAAAGAAGCUGGCUUAUUCCAGGAGAAGAAGAUGUAAUAAAAGACUGUGGUUGCAUCAUGGGAAAUGUAGGUUCCAGCUUCUCUGUAGCUUGACCCUCCACUUGGGAACAAAAAUCAGGAUGUCUCAGUCUUUUCUGCUCUAGUUUUGGCUGUCUUUUUAAAUAUGACUCUUGUGACUAUUUCUGGAUCACUAUAUUUAAAAUAUUCAAAUUAAAUUACAAAGCUGUUUCCAGGAAACUUCCUAACACUGUUAGCACAAAUUAAAGUUAAAAAAAAUGAUAUGAGAAAGCUGAUUGUGUUGUUUUUAAUAUUUCAGAGGACCUGAACUCCCUGUGCUCUGGCACAAAGACAACAAGACCUUAAUUAGCAAGCAGACAGAGAUUAGAAUAUACAUGAAGCUUUACGUAACACCUCUUCUUUGUGUGAGUGUGAGUGUGUGCGUGUCAGCCUGGCACACAGCAGGGCUGCAGCUGCAUCCAAGUACAAGUGAGUGAUUGGCACAGUCAGGACCACCAUCAGGCCCCGUAAACAGACGGUCGGCUGACGCUCCUCCCGCCUCAGCUUCCUCUCUUUAGCCUCCGCUUUACUGUUUAAGGAUUCGAGGUGCUUCCCACAAACAGAAAUGUGUUUUCAAUCUGAGGCCAAUUAUUCACCUCCUCUGCUUUUGUUCCCAACAGAAAAGAAAAAACACCGAAACACUGAACUGUCUUGACUUAACAGGCUCUAUUUUCUCAUCACUAAGCUGUCAACGCCCCAAGCCCCCCUGGCAAACACAUUAUUACUUAAAUGCAUUGUGUGCGUGCAUGUCUGUGUGUGUGUGUGUGUUUUUGUGAGUCCAUGGACAGAUGUGUGUAUAUAAUUAGCCAAAAAAGUAAUAAUGGCUUUAACUUCCCAACGGCGAAAAGCUCUGACUGAUUGGACAGGUGGAGGGAGGGGGAUCGAGACCUCCCAACCCCGAGGGCAGCAGCACGGACAGACCCCAUCUGGUGACAUCACGUCACAUGACCACAGACUCAUUAGACUCCUUUUGGCCCCUCAAAUAGCUCCCCCUGGAGGCUGUAAAGAGGAACUGCAGCUUUUGAAGGUGUGGUUUGUGUAGGAGUAAAUUGAGGGACUUGAAGUAGAGCAGCCAGCCCUGUGGUCUGUGUGUGUGUGUGUGUGUGUGUGUGUGUGUGUGUGUGUGUGUGUGUGUGUGUGUGUGUGUGUGUGUGUGUGUGUGCGUGUUGAGAUAAGAGUUUCAUGUGUUCCGCGCUCUAAAAGCAUCUCCUCUUUGCGUUCUUUGUGGAUCUCUCUGGGAAGCUGCCCCUCGCCUGACCCAACCGUGUUCAUGAAGAAAACAACAGGGGGGCUUUAUCCUCCUCUCCUCCUUCCCACUUCUUUCUUACUCCCUCUGAAUUCUUCUCCCUCCAUCUUUUUCUGCUCCUCUUCUUUACUUUUCUGCAACUUUUGUCUUUCUCAGCCUAUUUAUCCUUCCGCUCCUUCUCCUCGUUAUCUUUAACUCUUUUCUACUCCUUCUUUGUUCUCUCUGUCGCCACCAUUUUAAUCUUUGUAUACACUAAAAGAUCUUGUUGUAUCUACCCAAAAUGUUUGGGAUGACAAAACACUGAAAAAGUUGCAAAUACUGCCCCUCCCUCCCUCCAGAGAUGGGAAUAAUUCUACCGCUUUGCGAAAGAUUGCGUGAGAACAUAAAUGAACAAUUUCAAAGUAAUGUCCCUCUCAAAAAUUCACAGAAUUUGGGGAUUUUUUCUUCUGCACCACAUCAUUAGAAGAUUUGGACAAUCCACAUAAAUCUCUGUAACUAAAGGGAUGACAGACAAAUACUGGAUAUGUGGCCCUCAGGCAGCACUUCACUAAAAAUUCAGACAUAACUCUGUAGUGGAUGUCACUACAUGGUCUCAAAACCACUCCCAGAACCCCCUGACUUUUAACAUGUUAACCUGUUGCUGGGGUUAAACAUAAAAAGGGUGCAUGUUUUCAGAAGACAAUCACAUCUAUUAGUUAAAAAUAGUCUUUGAUAAUGUGCAAACUGUCAAAAUCAGAUUUUAUGAACUUUUUUAUCAGUGUCACAACUUUAUCUUUGUCUCCUUGUUGGUCUUCAUCACUUCUAUUAACUUUUCCUGAAUCAAUGUUUCUGUUUUUACCUCUUUCUCUCAUGUUUCUUAUUCUUUUUCUUGUAGCUUUCAUUUUCAAUCCUCUCUUUUCACCCUCUUUGCCAUUUCUCACAACAAAAUAACCACAAAAGUAGUUCCGUCUUUGCGCACCACAAUGUUAAAAUCACUUUGAAAGUGUUUGAAGAACCUUAAAAACAGCAUCUAGAAAGUGAGAAUUGAAAACAGAGUGGACAGGCCAAUGAUUUGCAAAUAGUUCUUUUCCUGGUAAGAGCUUUGUAAAAGUUUUAAUGCACUUGUUAGUGCACCGAACAGUAGGAAAAUGUCAGCAGGAGCUGUAAUGGGCACUUCAACACUGGCUGCUUGUUCUGCACGCUUUCUUUCACCUUUUCUUGUAAAGGUCUGUUUUCUACCUGAAUUGGUCACUUCACUCCUCUUUUCUUCACCUCCCUCAUGUAUUCCACUCUUCUAGUUGUAUUAUCAACAUAUUAUUUUCCUCUCGUUCUGUGUAAACAGUGCCAUGCCUCACCUCUGCCAGGCCGCAGAGUCACAAUAAUGCACCAGAAGGGGAUAAAGAAAGCAAACAAGUGGGGGAGCUCACUGAAAAGAGGGAUUAUCCAGAGAUGUGUGCUUUGUUAAGAGCUCCGGUUACUGAUUCAUUGAUAAGCCCCUCCAACUGGCCGUGAGUAAUUCAGCCAAUCAGAGCUCAUCAGUCCCCAAGGCUCAUGGAUCCAGGAUUUGGGUGCUUUUAUUUUGUUAAUGGCUCAUUAUGACACAUUUGUAACUGACACUGAACUGAUGAACCGCGCUGAUGUUUCUGUUUGGUGCUCUCAAACUCACGACCCCUCAAUCAGAGUCAAACACAUCCUGCUGUUAAGGAAAAUGCCAGAAAGAAAACACAACUGUUGAAAUCGCUCCGAUUAGCCCUGCAAAAGCUUAAUGGCUCACUAAAUAGCCUCUAACGACAAAGCCAUUUAGAAAAACAGAUGAAUAAAUCUUGUUUGUAAUGAACAUGAAUUGACCCUGGAAGCAGCAGAGGAUUGUGAAUUGUGCCGCUGAGGGUUUAUGGCUCACUUUCUCACACUCAGGGUGAGGAGGGCAGGGAUUAAAAGGAGAAAGUCUGUGGUCCAAAAGAAAAAAAAAAAAGCAGACACAAAUUUGGAAUGUCAUCUUUUUUUUUUUUACCACAUCUUGAGUCAAGCUACGUGCUUAGGGUUGCUUGUCUUAUCGAUAUUUCAUUCCUGCCAUUCAAAACCCUCCAGAUAGGCCCAUCUGGUGAACAUCUGGACCAUCUUUUGGCUGUUCUCACUGCACAUUUUACGGUCUUUUGUUUUAACGGUCCUAAUUUAAGAUUUUCUUUUUGGUAAUAUGGUCUUUCCUGCAUAUGUUUGGCCUCAUUCGACCCCUUGCAGAGCUAAAAGUUAUUGCCAUUUAUUGUAAUGUGAUCAAAAAUAUGAAGAAAAACAACCUACUCUAAAGGAAAAAAUGAGACACAGAUCAAUACUUAACAUCUGCAGGCGGAGAUGCAUGGGGUUUGUGGUUGUGUCAUAAAGAUCAACAAUGCAGCUACAUGCAAAUAUAAAUUUUACUAUCUUGAUCACAGAUGUAUUGCGUGUUUAAAGUGGUGAAGCAGUAAAUAACAGGAAAAAUAUUGUGAAUCUUGCAGAGGCUCAAUGGAACCAGUGCAUCAUCGAAAACUUAAAAGACGUAUUCCCCAGUUAAUCCUGAUUUUUAUCCAACAAUGUGGGUGAAAAAGAACGAAACUCAUAUUUCACACGUUCUUUUCCACUAUUGUUCUAAUUAAAAUGAAUAUAAAAACAAAGAAACUAUCCAGAGAGUCUCAUGUCCAUCCAAGUUUCCUUUGGCUCCACGAUUUAUUGUUAAAAAAUAGUUCUUCAUUUCUGGUGCUUGAUUAAUUCCUCUCUGUUCUGUAGCCUGACCUGAUUUUCAUUUUUUUUCACUACUCUCUCAUCUUCUGUUUGUCUCAUUCCUAUUGUCUCAUCUAAUUCAGUGGUAUUCAGCCAUGAAAAGACUUUUAAUUUAUUUGCACAAUGUCUGAGAUAUAAAUCUUUGGAGGUGAAUGGACUGAUAAAUUAAGUUGAAAUCCGAAGGCAACAAGUUUCCAUUCACAGAGGAAAAGCAGGCCCACUUGUGGAUAACUCCCUCAUCUGACUGCCAACAGUUUUGGCAGGAGGAAUACAUCCACUGACUAAAGCAGCAACAUGAUUUUAAAAAUUCCAAGUAGAUUUACUGAACAAAAUGUCUUGCCAGACGCCAAAAUGGCUACUGACAUACGGUUUUAAUGUUCUGCACUGAAGCGUUGAAUGGUGAGUAAUGUACAGAUUUGUACAGAGGUGAAAAAAGUGGAAACUAAUUUUAAGGUGUUGACGCCAAAAAUGCUUUACAAUGUACGUUUUUUUAAAUACUUGAAACUUGGUACUGUAUUUCUCGUAUCAGUAUAAACUGUUUUAUUGGGGUGUUUUAAAGAUACAGCAUCUACCAGGGCCAGCUUGCUAGAAAUGGAACAUAAUGGAUAACUUUGCUCGUUGUCAGCUGACAGCUUAGCCAAUUCUCUCUUGCCUUUAAUGAGCAAAUAUCACAGAGGGUGUACAGUUUGAAGUGCUUUAGCCCGGUAACUCUAGCUUCUUCCCUCACAGCUCCUUCUUUUGUUUUUGCUUUGUCCGACUUUAUCAGCAUCUAAUGUUUUCUCACUGAUGCUGCCGUGUUCUGCCCCUCCUGGGGUCUUUGCUGUUCCUCUCCCUGCCUCAAAGCCAUUCUACUAAAUACAACUAUUUAAGUGCGAUUAAUUAACUUAUUUUUCCUCACACCAUCGUGGAUGUACAUGCAAAUAUCUAGGUCUGUGUUGCUUUUACUAACUCCCCGCCUUCCCCUCCCCUCACAAAGCCAUCAGUUAAAACUCUUCAAAAUCCUGUCUAUACAUAGCGUUUCCUCCGGGUUUUGCUCUGAUUGACAGCUGCUGACACUUGUGCGACUGAGGCUAACAUUAAGAGCUUUGUAAAGACAUGAGAGGACAAAGCAGCCUGUCCCACAGUGCUUCCAGGCUGAGGACAUGAUACCAUGGUGCCGGUUGACCCCUGGUAGUCAUAAUAUCAGCCAGAAGCUCUGCGGCUCAGGCUAAAGGAAGCCAUGCUGUGCUCGCCUGGAGCCAAAAUGCACGGCUGGGGCUAAAGGGUCGAAAAAAAUAGUCGAAGAGUAAACAAGAGCUAAGGUUUCACAAUUCCAACCUCAAUAAUUAAAGAGAAGAGAUUCAAACUUUCUGGCUAUGAUGUGAAACAUCAACACUCUAUUAUUCACAGCUGUCUCUUAAAAGUGGACAAAUUUUCAACAAAAUGAUUCUGAGUCAGCCCAACUUUUACAAGUUAAGUUGUAGAGACUUCUCCUGAACUUGGUCUGGCUACCGGCCUUGACAUCAAGUCUUUGCUAGUAUCUAGACAAGCCAGAAGUUAGUUUGAGUCUGUGUUUCUAACAAGUUGAAUGCCCAUGUAAGGCUUCAAAAUACCUCCUCGGAAACAGAUGGUUGACAUUACCGAGAUUCUAUCCAUGUUUUCUACAAGACCUGUCCUCACAUGUUAGUUGUUAGCUAGCUACCAGCUAAAAGCAAGGCUAACGCUAAAGCUAGAGCUAACUGGAUUUAUCCAAUUUAAGUUCGUGGCGGUCCAAACUUCAUCACAUGAACACAACCAUUCACUCAUUUGCUGUGCUGCAAACCCAGUAGGACUGCCACUAAUCCUGCAGCACAUUUACAAUCCGUGUAACAACAACCUGAUACCCCCAGACGGCUGCGGCAAGCACACACCUCCUUUUAUGCUAAACAUGCCUCCUGAAGCCCCAACAUGGAGCAGCAACAGCUGGAACACAACACCCCCCUACCUCCCUCUUUGUCUCACCUGGCCUCAGAUCAGCUGACUUGUUCUCCCGUUUCCUCUGAGCGUAUCAAGAGUAAUAUCUGAUCUAGUGAAAGAAACUUCUCAAUAGGAACCCCCCCAUGAGGCUCCGGUGACUUCACCCAUAUCGAAUCGUCAGUCCGCUGCAUGCUCCAACACGGUCCUUGUCCUGUCUCCCCUGACAGCCCUGCCUGUGUCAAUGAACAGAGGUGGGGUAUUGAAGACAUCCGCAGUAUGUCAGUGAUACUGAACCGCAGGCCAUUAGCAGCUACAGAGACAUAAGCAGCCAGCUGUCCAGGCCUAAUCUGUCUCUGCUAAAAGCCUCACAAACACAACCCUACAGAGCGCCUGUGGGAAUAUGUGUUUCCAAUCACCCUCCUAAGGAAUGAAUACCUGACAUAUCUCACCACUGCCCUUUUAUUUUACCCCCAUUUUACUCCUGUCCACUUAGUUUACUGUAAACACAAGGGGAAGGUCUGAGGGCUGUUUCAAGGCUGAGCUUGAGAACAGGCCUCAUUUUCCCAGACUCGCAGAUUCCACGAGGGGCUCCUACAUCAAGCUGUCAUAUUAAACUAAUGAAAAUCUCAUUCUACGCAGGGAUCCUCUUCAAGCUGCUAAAGGCACAUGCUAACCGGGGGGAUUAGCCAUGCAACGCUGAGGGACUUUAAUUUCAGCGCCGGCAUAAGUCAUCGCUGCUGAGCGCUAACAUUGAUAUAUGGCUUAGGACCGACUAGUGCGUUGUAAGAGGUUUCCGCCGGGGCCGGUGUGUUGCAGGGGGAUUGGGUUGAGUCUCAAAAGAGGCUGGGAAGAUUGAGACUGGCAUGAUGAGAUCCUGUAAACAAAACCCCAGAAGUUGUAGCGCCGGAUGAGUCUUUUACUGCUGCAAUUUGGCCUCGCUUUAAGCAGCCAAAGAAUCAUCUCUUGUCAUCAGGUGUUGAAGUACUCCUAACUCUUAUGAGAAUGCUUCAUCAAACAGCCUGAUGGAGAGAGCGUCCCUGAACAAAUCAUUGAGAUACUAUCUUCCUACUUACACAGCUGCUACCAAUAUACACUUUAAGAAGCAGUGCUUGAGGGGAUCAGGAUGUGAAAUGUGUUGAAGACAAAGAGCAGGUUCUUGCAAAGACAACAUAAAUUCUCCGCACAUUUGCAUCGUGUAAAGACAGGUCAAGCUCCUCUACGUAGGAUGUACUUUGGGAAUCAUAACUCUACCAGAUUCAUAAUUCUGUCGUUUUAAUAAGAUUUUGGAGCUCAGUUCAAAGUUUCAGCUACAUAAGUCUUGCGCUAUUAAAGAAUGACUUGUCAGAGUUUUCUACAGGAUAGAAAUUAUCCUUGCAAGUAAAAUAUACAACUGGUCUAUGCAACGCACUCCAGAUCAGUGAUUUGUGAAUAAGGGAUGUUCAAAAGGAACGCAUUUUCCACUUUUUUUUUUAACUGUAUAACUGAAUACUCAAACCACCGUCUUCUCUCUCUUUCAGGUUUUACCGUGGUGAUUAUCACAUCGACGUGUGCAUCAACGACUACCUUGACGUCUACUGCCCACACUACAUCGGUCCGGUGUCUGAUGAGCGGGCCGAGCGUUACGUCCUCUAUAUGGUGAACUACGACGGCUACAGCUCCUGUGACCACACGGCUAAAGGCUUCAAACGCUGGGAGUGUAACAGACCUCUGUCACCGAACGGACCGCUAAAGUUCUCCGAGAAAUUCCAGCUCUUCACACCCUUCUCCUUAGGCUUUGAGUUUCGUCCUGGCAGAGAGUAUUACUACAUCUGUGAGUAUAGACUAACCUUUGUUACAUGACGUUAUUAUGUGGUGAUAUAGUUUAAAAUAUGUGACACUAGUGAGCCUUUUAAAGUUUAUUUACAUUUUUAUUUUAUUUUAUUUUUUUAUUAAAAAGGCAAAAAAAAUUACAAUUGCUUCAAUAUUUUAUCAGUUUUACACCAUUUUAUUCUGGUAAAUCAUUCUUAGCUGCUAUGUUUGAAUAUUUAUGUUCGACAACUUUGGCAUUUAAGGUUGAAUAAGAUGAAGUGUUCUUGUUUCCAAUAUAAGAGAACCAAGCGGCAUUAUUUUGGUGUCAUUUCUGAGAGUAAGGUUUAAUAUCAGCUCUGGCUCAAAAAGAUUUACGAUGAUGUUGAACUUCAACUUGUACUUUUAUCUAUAGAUCGAUAUCAAUUUCAACUUGAAUCUUGCAAACAGUCAGCAGCAGGGGUAUGGGUUUUUGUUUUUGAAGUCCUUGGAAUGAAGGCCAAACCAAAAUACGAGCCAGAGGGAGAGAAAUAACUCUGCUGUUGAGGUCUGGUCUGGAGUUUCUUUUGUUGCUGCCUGGCUGAGCUCAGCUUUCUCCUCCUCGUGAGAAGACGCUGGAAAACAAACAGCUGGGAAGUCAUGUUUUCAUAAGCAAAGUCAGAGCCCUGCAGGGGCAGAAGUGAAGGACUAAAUGAGAUUCAUUGCACUGCAUGGUAGAUAUUUGGUAUUAAGCUAGCAGUCAAAAGAACUUCAUAUUAAACAGGAACUUGUGCUCAGAAAAGUGCAGAGUCAGGUAAAGCAGAAUACAAUCUUGCCACAAAGUGCAUAAUAAAGGUAUCAAAUCUAAGCAGUCUUAAUAGUGGGAAGGGGAAGUCUUCAGAAAGCUUUUUCUGCAUUCAGCUUUUCAGUCCCGCCUUGAAAAUACAGGGCGGGUGUAUGAGAAACCUGCACAAAACUUGAAGUAAUUUCACAGAAACACUUCUCCUCAUCCAGCGAAUCUCAGGUAUUCUUUUUCUUGAUAUCCAAAAGACAAUUUAAGAGUUUUUUCCCCCCAAAAAACUGUCUUUUGUUUAGGCUUUAAAGGAGGAAACACUCAAAGAUAAUGAAGAUAAUAAGGCUGAUUUUGGUCCCCCAGAUUCAUGUGAUUAUUUCAGAUUAUCUUGUCACAUUUUCCUGCGAUGUGAGGUCUGUUUAGAGUGAUUUCACCUUGGAUCGAACACAUUUAAUGCCUACAAUCAGUUAUAUUGUUGUGUGGGAGGACCCAGCAUGUGAUCUGUGGAUUUUCACUGAUGAUAAAAUAGCCACCUCAUUGAAGAAGGUGCAGAUAUGGUUGCUUCUUGCUCCAAAAAACUUCAUCACAGGCUAAGAUGUCAUCCUACAACACCAACAGAGGUACCAUCACCAUGCCCACUCAUAGUACACACACAGUCUAUAGCAUUAACCCUGUUAUUUAUAUGAUUUCCUUGUUAGUACUCUGGACACCUCUUGCAUCCUUAAACCCUCAGUGACCUCCUAUAGAAAUUAAAUUUGAGUGCAGUGGAAAUUUAAGACCGCAAGGAUCAUUUUGUAUAAUUAAGUGGUUUGGUUGAUGAUAGACUUUCAGUCACUGGAGGAUUUGUUUUCCUCAAACCUUGCCUCAGUGAUCUUGGACGGAGCUCCAAGCGAGCAUCUGUGAUCACAUCAUCACCGAGAUGUUCCUCUUGAGAGUCGAAAACAUAUUUGCUAAAGGGUUUUAUUGUGAUGUACGACCCUUCACUACGUGUUUCUGUUGGAUUUCCAUGACAAUUGGCGAGUCUGUUUGACUCUGUUGCUUUAAAUGAGAUUGUGUUUAGAUCGGGGAAGCAGGGGUGUUUUGUCAGCCACGCCAGAGAACUGCUGAUGUUUUUGGAUUUCCCUGGAUGCUGAUAAGAAAAAUUGUUGGUUGCCUAAUUCUGUCUCAUUGCUCCAGUUGGCUCAGGUUGAUGCGGCUGAGCGAAGAUAAUGUUCAUAUGGACUUCUGAUGAUGAUUGAUGGUCUGUAGACGGAGAGAAAGAGAGAGAGAUGGUCCAUAUGGCCUUGAACAGUUUAAGGCCAUAUGGACAAGCUCUUUCUGACUCAGGUUCGUGACUCAGCUAUCCGACCCUUGCUCUCUGAAACCCUUUUUUUCCCCCUGAGAACAGAAGAUCUGAGCCAAGAUGAGCAAACAAAUGAGAACAAAAGAAUCCAGGAAAGGAUAAAACAACAAAGUACAAAGAUACCUCCAGGAAAAUACCAAGGCCUGAUCAUCACAACUCUCACGGAUGACACUGAUAUUUCUGGAAAGACCAGCUGCUUCAGGGUCAUGUUUACAGAUAAAUACAAACUUAAAUGUUAAUCUCUUUCUAAUACAACUGAUUUAUGCUGCCAACUUUAUUUUAGAGAAAUCAUAUCUGUUAGUUUGGGAGACUGCGAACACUAAAACGCCAUUUAGCCUCUGUUGAUAAUGAAGAUGCAUUUGAAGAAAGAGCUUUUAAAUAGUCAUUUAUAAAGUUUCAUUGUACAUGUCAGUACAUUUAUUCUUCUUUCAGCUGCUUUUGGCGUGUCUCCGCCACCAGUUGUCAACUUUUGUUAGCUAGUUGUAAUAUCUUCUGCUAUUUUUUAGACUGAAGCUGGUUUAUUUCGUAUGAUUGAGUAUUAGGGCCACAUUAUGACAAAAUAAAUUAAAGUCAUUAACUCACGAGAAUUAAGUCAUUACUAACGAGAAUAAAGUUGUAAUAAAGUAAUUACUAAUAAGAAUAAAGUCAUAAUAAAGUAACUACUUACGAGAAUAAAGUCGUAACAAAGUAAUUACUUACAGAAGUAAAGUCAGAAUAAAGUCCUUAUAAUCUAACCUGUUGUUUUAGAGGACAGUUGUUGAAAUGAGAGCCAUGGAGCAUUUGGUGAAAAUGUACUUCAAAAUUGUUUUUUUAGACAAGGAGAUACUUAAUCUUUUGGCACAACAGCACCACAUUAUCAUCAGUAUCAUAAUUACUCCAUCACGACUUUAUUUUCGUAAGACAUGAUUUUAUUACAACUUUAUUCUCGUAAGUAAUUACUUUAUUAUGACUUUAUUCUCAUUAGUAAUGACUCGAUUUUUGUAAAUUAACGACUUUUUUUUUUUCGUAAUGUGGCCCUAAUACUCCAUCCUAAUUCGGUCUUUUUUGCUGAAAUAAUUGUCUUUAUGUUGACUGUCUUGUUUAAUCAAACAGGAGAUAGUUUGAAGCGGUGUUGUAAAUACAACAUUUGGAAGUCUGUUAAACUUCCAUGUUCUUGACAGGUUGAAGGGGGGGUUCAUGUGUGCUUGUCUCAUUGAGCACAGACACGUCUUUGUCCUUCCUUUCGUUGAUCGUCACCCGCCCCCAGGCAGGGCGGAAAAGGGGGCGGGGUCACGUCAAAUGGAUGACACCUGCGGUUGGCUGGAGGCCUAGCCGUCUGGCAGACAGAGAAACACCCAGAGGAAAAGCCUCCUCGGUGUGGGAUCAGUUGUGCGGCAGGUCCCAAAAAGUCAAAGGUCAAAGGAUGACGACGCGGUCUGUGCUGGGAGAUUCUCGUGGCCUCAGAGGGCGGCAUGUUUUUCUAAUAGAGCCCCAGUGGAGCGGGAGAUCCUGAUCCUAAUCUCAGAGGAUAGAAAUCCAAUUUUCAGAGGAGACAGUGGAGAGUCUGGCUCUCCCCGUGUGAGAGAGAUGACUGUCUCCCUGUAAAGCCCUCUUGCUUCAAACGCUCCGUCCCAUACCGUACAGCCAGUACAGAUCUACAUCGAUAAUGACAUGAACCCCGCUAACACAGUACCCCAACAGUUUCCCUUUAGCUUCUCGCGGCUGAAGUGGAGACAAAAGGCUUUGUUCUGUAAGAUAAACAGAUCAUCACAAGAAAAACAUCUGAUCCUGCUGUAUUUAUAUCAGGAUCUGUCUAAUUCACCACUUCAAAGUCAGCCCUGACACGGUGUCCCAGCCUGUCUGGAGAUCUCUGAUACGUGUUACCGGUCCUGAAUGUUCUAUGGUACAUGACUGAACGUGUAACAUGUGCCAGAGCGUGUGACCGCAGGGUUUUUCACCAUAGUCACAUUGUCAGCGGGCGGGUGACCUGGCGAACGCUGAGUGUAGAGUUGCAGGCAGAGCUGGAGUUACAGUCACGGUGAAGCACGGCUGUGUUGCUCGAGGACAGAAAACCCAGACUCUGACCUCAGUGGCAGACAUGAGGGAGAGAAGGAGAGACAGUUGGGUAAUUAUGUGUAUGAGCUGGAGUCUGUGAAGGAAUGAGAAAAGGAAGGGAGUGAGAAAAAGAGACGAGUAAAGAGAGUGACACAAUAUCAGAGAGAGAGAGGUAGAGAGGGAAGAGUUGUUGUUACAGCUGCAUCUUUGGACAUCAUUUCAACUGACAAGACGAACAUUUUAAGGAAGAAAAAUGAUACUUCCAGUUAAAUAAUCAUCACUUAUUGUAGAAGAAGCUGCCUCGUACAAGUAUUUGUGGCAGAGCAUGACAAAAUAGUGUCCCAAAAAUACCGAAAACCCGCUGGAAAAAAACAUUAACUACUACUGGUCUCCAUUUUAAAACCUUCAAAAAUCCCACAUCACAGCAGUAAAAAGUUGUGCGUGACAUAAAAGAGAUGAUGCCUGCUGAGAUGUUCUGAUAUAUGACACCUCAGGGUGCUUUAUUCUGCCUCCACCGCGCUCACUCAGAGGAAACAAUAGCGGCUGUGUUUUAUUUCCCCCGAGGCUGAGGUUGUUUUAACAAAGAUUUUAUGCUUUAAUUUUGCCUUUUUACGAUCAACAACUGCAGCUUCUCUUACUGCUGCUGAUGCAUGAUUUCUUUUUUUUGCAGUCUAAUCUCAUUUAUACGGCUGUUUGUUGUCGGAGUCUUUUUAUGAAUGGCCGCACCGCUCAGGCUCAGCAACUGUUUGUUCUUAUUUUAAAACUUCUGCACUAUGACAGCAUGUUGAUGACUUCACUAAAAGUUAAUAUUUUUACCCACGCUUCCAAAACUUAAAUCUCAGCAAGUGUAUAUAUGAAAAGUAUGUAAUUACACUAAGUAUGAGCCAUUUCAGCAUGAGUUCAGACAAACAUCUCAUUUUAAAAUGCGAGAGGCAAAAACUAAACCUGCAAAUCGCUUGACUGAAGGCAUGACUUGAACUUAAAAAAUGUCUGCAGGCAUUGCUCACUUGCUAAGAUUUGAGAUUUAGCAGUGCACGUGUCUUUUUUUGCUGAGCCCAUUACUUUUUGACAUUACCUUACCAAAUAUGUAUUAAUACACCUUCAAAUGUGCAAGACAGCAAGAAAACAGACUUUGACAGUGAAGCAGGAGCAUAAGGAAACCUCGAGAUAUUUAAAGCGGCAAAAUUUGGAGACUUUGUAAUCAGAACAAUUUGGACACCCACAAGAAUGCAGGAAAAAGUGUGCAAACAUCUGUAUGGCAUACAAUGCACUGUUAUUAGAUAGCAGAUUUUCCUUGUGGACCUCCAGAAAGUCUCGCUUCAUGACUUUUGACAACUAACAUUUCAGUUUUUUUCUGUGGCUAAAUUUUUAUGACAGUAAUAAUAAGUUUUAUUUGUAAGACACAUUACAUUUAAAUAAAUCUCAAAGUUCUGUGCAAACAAUUUAUGACGAGAAAACACUGACAUUUCAACAUUUUUCUAUCAUUUCUCUACUUUCUAACAAAGCAUCAACUAAAAAGAUUUAUCUUAAAUCCAGAAAAUCGUUAAGAGAUGAUUUAACAACCAAAAUAAUCAGAAGUUGCAUCUCAAGUCUGAGUUAUUUUAUUUGAGUCUUCAAACACCUUGGACUAUAGCUUUGGUCAGCGCUGUCUUUCUUAUGUCGUCUGUGUCUUUAGUUAAAGUUUCUCGAUGUAUAGGUCCCUCAAAAUGUCAGUGUCAGAGAGUUCAGGAAUCAGACAAAGCCGGAAGAGAUAAUGACAGCCGUGCAGACACAGACAGAAGGAAAAUGAGAGGCAGAAAGAUAGAGUGUAGUCAAAGGGUUUUGGGGCCGGUUAAGUUCACAGACAGAAAGUGAGACAGUGACUUCUCCCGUCUAUUCGAGCCACUGUUGGAGUGUGAGGUAAGUUACUGGAUACCCGCUGACACAGACAGAAGCAGAAUGAUUGACACCGAUUCUCUCGUUUAUUUCCUCCCUCUGAGCUUCACUUCCAAUAUUCCUCUCAUGGUGAAGUUUUAAAGAGGAUUUUAUCUGCUCUCACAGCACUAUGGUAUCUGAUAAAGAGCCUUUUGAAAGAAGAGCCCCAGUCAUCUGCGACAGUGGAAACACUGACACGGGUUACUUUUAUCAGGAAUCCACUGCCCGGCCAGAAUCCAUCACACGAAGCGUCUGGGUGGAAGUGCUGAAGAGUGUCUGCGGACAAAGUCUGGACAGUAUUUGCAUGGAUGCACAUACUCUAAAAACCACAGGGACAUACAUCCUCACAUACAGCCAGCUCAUUCUGGCUCUCAGAGUCAGAGGUCUGACUUGUCAAAAAAUGAAGCUGAUAGGGUAGUUUCUGAACUUCACCAGCUUGUUGUUUGGAUGUCCGAGUUAAGUGAUGUGGAAUAAAGAGUGCUCAUGUCUGCUUUGGGGAGAAGUGAAGGGUCAAAGGUGAGGCCAGGUGACUAUUUCAGAAAUCAAGGUGUUUAGAGCUGAAACUGCAGAUUUGGGCUCCUGGUACAGCCUUGAUUCAAACUUCUGAUGAAUGAAUGAAAUUACUGGGAAGACAAAAAAGUGACUUAAAGGGAUAUUCCGGAGUAAAAUUAAUUAAGGGUCAAACAUACCGUAACACUGAGUUAGACACCCCAUCGAGAGAUGAAUGUUGCCAACCGCUUGCUUCUCUAGUUAUACCAACUUUAGUAAUGACCGUACGAUAGCAAUACAGAGAGCCACGUGCUCAACUAAAAAGCCACUCUAUAGCCACAAAUAAUGCUCAGUACAGCACCUAACUUUGUCAACAGUACAUAUAGGAUCCAAGCCACAGCACUAGCCACCAAACACAAAGAGACUAAACACAACUUACCUACUCUCCUCCAGCAGCUGCUUGUUUGUAGCGAGACCUCAGGCCAGUCCAUUACGGACUGCUGCGGGGGGACGCAGCUCAAGGAAGAACAUUUACGAUCAUUUCUUUGUCAAUCACCAUAUUAAUCAUUUUCCACUGCAGACACGGUAGUUCUUCUGCCUUAGCGUCUCGGUCUGAUUGCAUUUUCAUGAAGAAAGGGCAAAAAUGACUAAAAUAUGACUAAACCAAAAGACAUGUUUGCCUAAUUCUGAAACCCAUAACAGCUGCCAAGCUUAAUACCAAAUCCUCUCAGGUGAUAUAAUUUAUCACUGAAAGUUCAACAGCUUAAUACAAAAAAGCUGACUAGUUCUGUCACAUAUGUUUUGAGAUAAAAUCAGCCCAGUAUGUGCCAAAACUAUGCCAAAUUUGUGCUGACUUUGCCAUAUUUUUAACCUUACUUUCAUGAACCAAGCUGCUUUAUUGACGAAUCUGGAGAGAGAGACAUGUUGACACAACACCAGCUGACAAACACUCAAACAUCUCUGGGUUUUGUGGGUUUGGGGAACUUGGCUCGAGAACUUGGAAAGAUCCUCAGUGAUCUGUUAGCGACUCGUUUCCCAGUACUAUUUGAGAACUAAUUAGAUUUUUAGCUCUCCAAAACAAUCUCAGCAAAGCCACAAAAAUAAGUUUUUAUGGUUUUUAUUUUUUAAUGACAGAGAAAAUGAGAUUUUUUUUGGUAGGUGAGUAUCACCGCCUGUGUCACAGCAGCUGAAAUGACUGCCUCUGGCUGAAUUAGACUUGGAAAUAUGAGGGUGACAUUGAAAUGCUUGGGAGCAUAAAAUACUGAGAAUUAUUUAUCAGGACAAGAGGAAAGGAGAUAAAGCUCUUCAGACUGUAUUUAAAGGAGAUAAGAAAGAAACUCAUCUGAUAACAACAAUCGACCUUGUCUCUUUGUUCCUUCCUGUUGCUGGGCUGAUGUUUAUGAAUGAAGGGAGAUUUAGAGAGUGGAGAGCUUUCAGGUAAAGCUGCUAAGAGCAUGUGAAUGCAGAGCUGAAACUACAAUACUAACGCAGGAGUCACUCAGAAAUAUCUUUGCCUUCCAAGAUACAGAUUAGAUUAUAGAGUCAUGAACCCCUGAAGUGACUUGGCCUUGACUUUUAUGAAGUCCAUACUCAUGACAGUCAAAGGGAAAACUUGUGUCAUCAGAGGGCGCACUCAGUCAAGUGUUGACAUAGACCAGCAACCCGAGAACACCCCCGCCCUGAAGUACAAUCAGGUAACCAAAACACCAAAAACAAACAAUCAACAGACUGUUUAGCAAGAGGCUAACUAGCUGUUUUCUGAACGGCGAAAAGUCUGUUUCUUGCGUACAUACAAUAUUCAGAAUCAGAAUUACUUUAUUAAUCCAAAACUGGGAAAUUAUGGAAUUAUGAUAGCCAUUUCUUCUCUAAGAUCCUUAUUUUUUACUUCUUGACUUCCCUUUCCACAUUUACUCUGUUCAGCUUCCAAGUCAAAACCGUGCUUGUGAACAGUGGAGCAUAUACAGAACACUUAGGUCAGGCACUGCAGUGUAUAGACCAAUCUAAUGUACCAUUGUAAGCUGGCAUGCCCCCAUGACUGCGAUGGCGUCUAUUCAAAACAUCUAACUUCACUGUAGAUAACAACAUAGGUAUAGCCAAGUGCAGAUUCAACCUCUCUUUCAUUUGUGACAAACUUUAACCUUGUUGAGUUUGCCCACAAACAUCCACACACACACACACACACAAACAAACCACUCGCUGGAUUCAUUUAAACAUGCAAGUGAAAAAACGUUUUUCAAAGACAAAGUUGUUGAGAUGUUUGAAGACAGUGUGCUACAUAUGGGGUUGAAGUCCUCAGUUCAACAGUUUCUGUCUGCAGUUUGUGGUCUUGAUCAGUGCGGUUCUUUUCCAAUCAGGAUUUUUUACUGAUUUACUAAAUAUGUUUUGAAGUUUCAGACAAGUGCUGAAAAGUAGCAUGAGAUAAAAUAUGUGAAAUAUUGUGAAAGUAAUUAUUCUUGCCUUUACACAGAUGUUAUAAUUCAUGGUUCUGUUCAGCUUUUGCAACAUGAAGCAGUUGUCUUGGUGUCGAAUGGUGAAAAAUCCUCUUUUUUUCUGUCAUGAUGAAGUGACGAGUGGCUCGUCUAAAAACUUAGGAUGAUAGAAAUUGAAGUCGGGCUGAAAAGGUUCUGAUUUAAAACACUAUAGAACUUUUUUUUCCCAAACAUGGAAUAAAUCAUCAUAAUUUCAUUGAGCAUCAUGUCACUUCUGCCAAAACCGCGGCCUUACAACUUCAGAUUAGAUCAAGGGAAGUAUUUUCAAAUGGAGAAGUUAUAAUGUGUUUUGUCCUGAGCUCUGCCUUAUGUUCCCACAGCCUCCAUCACAGACGACAGAGGAAGACGGAGCUGCCUUCGACUUAAAGUCUUUGUCAGGCCUCAAAGUGAGUCUCAGACUGUUAAGUUUACUCUGUCCAGCUCUCAUUGCGGUUGUGUACAUGUUUGUGAUCAGACUGAGCUUGAGUGACAUUCAGGGUCUCUAAUCUUCACAUCCUCUUUGUUUUCUCCAGACAAUUGUGUGAAAAGUACCGGGAGUGUGCAGGAAGGGGUCGAUUUUGAGGACAACAGUCACAACUCCCUAGAACCCAGAGGUCAGUGGGAAUACGACGUACACACUGAGUGUUUGUGUGUGUUUGUGGGUGUGCAUUCAGUUUCUGACAGUCAUAUCCUUUCCCUUUGCAUGUCCUUAAAUGUUAUUUGAUUUUGAGCAUCAUAAUUCAAUAAACAACAAAGAUUUGUUUUUCCAUGACUUCAUUUUUUGCCUCGCUAAAAUGUCACGAGCUGUCAAAGCUUCAUACUGUAAAUUAAAUCCAACAGGUUUGGAAGAUUUCCUGCAUUCACAGUGGAAAAACAAAAAAAAGAAAAACAUGAAACUGAUGGGAAAACAACUCUUUGUGCUUUUGCAACAGGAUGCUCAUUGAUUUUCUUUACAUAUCUUGUUGUACGUAGAACAGUCACUCAGGACAUUUUCUUCUUGUUGUAUCCUUCAAGAAUGAAGUGUUAAGGCUGUCAAAAUUGCUCCAAAAUGACGUUUGAAUACUCGUUUUAAAAGUAACACAAAGGUUCGAACAUAUUCGAAUAUCAAGCUUACACAGCUUGCAUAUAACUUUAUCUUGCUCGGCAUUUUUUCCGUUUACCGUGUCUGCCCAAAAUCCGAAGAAUUUCCAAAAGGAGCUUCUAAAGUUCGUUGGAGUCCAGACUACUCUGUCCGAGUUUGGCUCAGAAAAUCCUGCUAUCUCUCUCUGCCUGUGUUAUGGACGGUUUUUGUUGAGUCUCACUGCAUGUGUUUGUCCCUGACCUGUCGUUACAGUGCGCUUACUCGCAAAGCAGCCACUGUUUUUUUUUUUUUUCCUUUUUUUUCGUUUCUUUUUCCCACUCAGUUGUUUUCAAGCUAUUUUUUUAAUAUUCAAAUACAUAUUCAUAUUUAGAAUAUUUAUUGACAACCCUUGUAAGUGUGUUAGGUUAACAUUUAUGUUGGGUAUGAAACAGAUUAAUAAAAAAAAAUCAUUUUGUUUGUGUGCACACACACACACACACGCUUUAUACCACCCCAACACAUUCAGCUCUCCAGUUGAGCUACUCCAGUGAAAGAGCCUUGGCACACCCCUGCUGACUCCACUUUAGCAGUGACUGCUCCCAUCCUGUGACCAGUCUUCCUUCAAAUAUAAGAACUACUCAUUCUUCACAGGGCUUUAUGGUGAUAUUUAAUCUGAGUUGUUCUGCGUAUGAACUCUAAUCUUUAUUAUAAUCUUUUGUAUCAGAUGGCAUCGGUCAUGAGUCUCCUGAGCCAUCCCGGAGGGAUGUGAACUCUGCUGGUCUGCGCCAAACUUCAGUCCUCCUCCUGAGUGCUGCCCUCAUCUUCCUGGCUGCCAUCUUGUCAUUAUAG